AUGGAGUUGGCUCACAGCUUUUUGCUUAAUAAAGAGGCCUAUAACCAACUGGGCGAAUUUCAGAAAGCAGAGUUUGUUUUCGAGUGGCUGAGGUUUUUGGAAAAACUUUUGCCAGCAACCAGCCGGGUGAGUAUUGUACAACUGGAAUAAAAUAACAUUUUGAGAAAAUUGUCUUUUUUACAUACUUUUGUCCCCUAAGUGGACCACAAUCCUAACCAGUGUAUGCUAGGGAGAAGUUGUUGUUUAGCCAAAGAUAGGGGACUGUUAAGGGUUGGCUAGAUGGCAGGAGCAGUGUGGUGUGUGUGCAUCCGAUUUUGAGACAGACUUAGACUUGAAUGGGUCUGAGCCUAGUUCAGAAAGGGGCGAGGCUUUUCAAGCAGAGGAUGUUCACAUUCAGACCCCACCACAAUUUGAACUUAGCCUUGUCUCUAACUGUAAAACCAAACUUGUGUAUUUUAUCUUAUAUUUUAUUCUGUGAACUGCCCAGAGAUCUAGUGAUGAAGGGCGGUAUAUGAAUUUAAAUAAAUAAACGCACUGCUUACUCUUUUUUUGUUUUCAGGCCGAUAUAAAGGAAAAACAGAGCAAGCUUGUUGAACAGCUGAUAUCUUUAUUAACCAGUUCCCCAGGACCUCCUGCCAGACAGCUUAUUGCCAAGAAUCUUGCUAUAAUAUAUAGCACUGGGGACACGUUUUCUGUGCACCAAACAAUUGAUAAAUGCAAUGAACUUAUUCGCAGUAAAGAUGAUUCACCAAGUUAUCUGCCUACAAAACUGUAAGUCUGGAAAGGUCCUGUGAAGUCUUAUUAGAAUAUUCCUCCUUCAUUUUAAAACAGCAAAGUGACGAGCUCUGUAACUGAUAGCAGGAGUGACUUCCGGUUUCUGUCGACCCAGGCAAGAGAGUCAUAGUGGGCUCCUCUUGCUAUACUGUACUAUGCACAGGCCUUUCCUCCCCUUUCCUCCUGUCCUUUUCUCUGAUUACAUCCCUUUGCAGGAAUGAGAUUAGAAUUGUGUGAUGGAGUAGAAUGGUCCAAACAGAUCCCAUAUUCCUUGGUGCAGCUAGAGAGUUUGAGCUGAUAUGGUAGCAGAGACUGCCAUGAAAAAUGUUAUCAUUGCUAGGUCUAUGGAGAUGAAUUCACAAGAUAUGGAUGUCCCAGAAGGCUUUGGAAGGGGGAUAUGCAGUAUAUGCACCCAAAGUCGGUGCUUGAGGGAGGAAGCAAAGACGCAUACCAUAUACAUGGUCUUGGAAUCACAAGAGAGCAGGAGGAAGUCCUUCUGAGAAAAAUCCCUUCAGGCUCAGAUGAGGACCAGAAAGCUCAAUCCCAAUGAGAUAGGAAAGGCAUGCUGGGAUCCUUCUGGCCUCGUAGCUUUGCUCAUUGGCAGGUCCACAUGGGCUAGUCCAUCACACCCAUUUAUGUUGGCUUGUUGCUUGUUAUGGCCAUCACCAUUGCUUGCAUUUGCUGGACACACUCUAAUGGGUGGCAAGGCUAAUAAGGAGGGUAGAACAGUAAGCAACAGUGGCUGUUGUUCCCCCUCACUACAGCUGGGCUUCAGCUAUGUGUCCUGACAGAUAUCCAGCUGUGCUAACUGAUGUUGACAGGGAUGGACAAGAGCCUACUUUUUCAGACAUGCCUGAUAUCAAAGUUUAUGCCAGUGUCACUUUGCUGGUUUUUUGGGGGGCGGGUGGGUUUAGGUAUCACAGACCUCCUGUUGUUGUUUUGUGACAGAGUAGAUGAACACGGCUGCCCUGGUCAUCUGGCUUAUUUCUUUAUUCAGAUAAAUCCAUUUAUUCAGAUAGAUCCAUUAAGUUGUGAACUGCCUUGAAAGAGGAUCAUCCAAUUUUUUUUCUUUUCUGUACGAUUGUGAAAUCAGUUUAGCUUUUUUUUUUUAAGUGUUGAUCAUGCAAUUUAGCAAUACAGUUGUUUACUUCCUAAGUAAUUUAAUGCUAAAUUGCUUUUUGUAAUUGUAAGCUUCAGCGGUGCACGAUAAAAUGCUGACAUCGUAUAACUUACUAAGAAUAUUUUGUUAAACAUAUGUUGAUUGACUGCCAUUCCUCCCCCCCUUUCCAAUUCUCUGUUGUUGUUUUUAAGUGCUGCAGUGGUUUGUUUGGGCUAUUUGUACAAAAAACUGGGAAGAAUUUUGGGCAACAGCUUUGUGGAUACUGUCGGGAAUAUCCUUAAAGCAAUGAAGAAUGCAGAGGUAAGGAAGCAUGAAACAAGUUGGGUGGGUUGACAGUUGGAAAAAAUGCCCAAAGAAGACUUAUUUCUAGAACAUUAUAUUUAUUAGGAGAAAAUGUUUCCCAGUAGGAGAGUAGUGUUUGAAUAUGAGGCUUGACAAUUACCUUUGGGUGCAUAUUUUUAGAAUCAUCUUUCUAUUGCUGCCCAGGGCUCCUUUGGGAGGAAGAGAAGAAUAUAAAUUGAAUGGAUGAAUGAAUUUUAAAUAAACAUAAAUUAUUGUAUAAGAUGAAAUAAUAUUAUUAAUUCAUUAACAUACUUGCAAAGCUACUUUAGUCUUGAAUCAAACUUCAUAAAUAAAUUUGUUUUGCUUUAGAAGAGUAUUCCUACUACAGGUUUUGAGAUCUCGAAUAGUGCAGAGACUAGAAUGCUGUGGUUUGUGUGAGAUAAUUAAUCUUCCAGUUUCCACUCCUGCCAUGAAGUUCACUAAGGGGGCCUUGGGCAAGAUCUCUCACUCUAGCUUACCUCACAUGAUUUCAGUAAUGCUAAAAACAUUACUCUAAACUUGCUCAAGGAAGAAUGGGAUGAAAAUGUAACUAAUGAGUAGAUAAAAUAAUGUCCUUUAGUUGAAAACCACAUGACCUUUUUCUCUUGUCUUGUUAGUCUCAAGGGCGGUAUGAGAUCAUGCUAAGUUUGCAAAAUAUAUUGAAAGGUCUGGGAGUUGCUGCUAUUCCAUGUCACAGAGAUAUUUACAAAGCUGCCCGUUCAUGCUUAACUGAUAGAUCAAUGGCAGUUCGCUGUGCUGCUGCAAAGGUAAAGUGCCCUAUUAAUUGUUUUUAGUAAUUAAUCUUCCUGUAUACAGUUGCAUAUGUUAAAUGGAGGAUAAAAGAAAAUCAAUUGUCUCCCUCUCUCUCACGGCACAGAAAAUAUUUUUGAUACAUUUUGCAAUUCAAUUGGUAAAAAAUACAUCCAUGUAAUAUUUUUGCUAGGAAGCUUUUUCCACCAUAAAUGGCUGUAUUUUUGGUCAGUUUUCUGUGCAACCUGUAUUGUAGAAUUUGUACAUCUUAUCCAGCUGUACUUUUUAUCAUGAUUAUGAUUGGAUUUAUAUACCGCCCUAUACCCGGAGGUCUUAGGGUGGUUCAUAGAACAAAAUCAAAAUAAAAAACCACAAAUAUGUAAUCAAAAUAAAAACAACAAAACAAUAACCCUGCCCCCCCAAAAAAAAAUUCAAAAGGGCAUAGGAUUUUGCAGUCUUGACUGCCAUUGUAUAAAUAAAGCCCCACAGAUUAGAGUAAAAAGCACAUGUUUUAGUAAUUGGGUCAAUUUUUAUUAUUUUAUCCUUUUUUUCCUUUGCAUUUAUAUCUCACCUUUUCCUCAAGGAGCUUAAGUUCCCUUCCUGUGGUCAGUCUACAAUCAAUUUAUAAGCAAAGUAUAAAUUCACAUGAACAGAUUUUUUAAAAAACAGUUUGAAUUUGUUUUUUAAGUUUUUAAGUUUAAGUUUAAGAAUGAAGUUACUAUUCAUUCCCAUAUAUUAGAAACUGGUAUUAGCAGUCUGGCCCAGAAGGUGUUGAAUAUCUUGUUGCCAAAGUGGAUCACCCUGCCAUGUUUAGAAUACUUUAAAAUAAUGUACACCAGUGAAGUUGAAGUCCUUUCAUUUAAAAAAAAAUAUAUUUUAUUUUUCCGUCUAUAAGAUGCCCCCAUGUAUAAUACGCCCCCUGAUUUAAGAAAAUGGAGGGAGUUGUAUCCGUGUAUAAGACGCCCCCAACCUUUUGACAUUAUUUUUUAGGGGAAAAAACCUAGUCUUAUACGCGGAAAAAUAUGGUAAUUGAUUUUACAACAUACAAGAAUUCAAAAACCCCCACAAACAAAUUGAUUUGUUUGCCUCAUACCUGUCAAUGGUUGUGUAGCCACAUUCUGCACUAAUCGAAGCUUCUGAACCAUUUUCAAAGUCAGCUCUGUAUAAAACACAUUGCAGUAGUGCAAUCUUGAGAUCAGCAGAACAUGAUUACUUUAGCCAGGUUAUCCUUGCUUAGAUAAGGGCAGUAGUUGGACCACCAGCUUAAGCUGGCAGAAGACACUCCACAAUUCAUUGCAUUGUACUUGUGCAAAAAAGACUGAACCUAUUUCUUUUCUUGUUUCCCUGUUUUUGUUUUGUAUAGUGUCUUCUUGAACUGCAGAGCGAAGCAAGUUUUAUGUGGAGUACAGACCUGGAUAGUGUUGUAACUCUGUGUUUUAAGUCAUUUGAAGGGUCGAAUUAUGAUGUACGAAUUGCUGUUUCUAAGCUUUUAGGCAGUGUAUUAGUGAGUGCUGUAACAUCUAAACAAGGCGGCACAGGUAAAAUUAUUAGGGUUUCUUUCUUCCUAUGUCGAUGUGAGAAAAUAAUAAUAAUAAUAAUAAUAAUAAUAAUAAUAAUAAUAAUAAAUUAUUUGUACCCCACCCAUCUGGCUGGGUUUCCCCAGCCACUCUGGGCGGUUUCCAACAGAAGAAUAAAAAUACAUUAAAACAUCAGUCACUAAAAACUUCCCUAAACAGGGCUGUAAUGUAGAAAUUAUUGGCAAACUGCAGUAAAUAGUGAACAGCCUUCAAAAUAGAUGUGGUUUUAACAAAUGACAAUCUAUUGUAUAUGAUCCCCCCUGCCAUGUGAAGGUUUCGGUCACUUGCUGGAAUUAAAAUGCAAUCAGAACAUAUACGGUUGGGAUUUAACAAUAGCUUCAUUUGAAAGAGACAUUCGCACAGCUUCACACAAACAUAGAAAGACGAAACAAAACAUAUGUUUCUUGCAUUCUCAGGGUAGUAGAAAUUAAAAGUAGCAAUGGUGUUCUGUCAGCCCAUACUCUCAAACUCAUUCCGAUAGGAGCAGGGCUUCAGUCCUAAAGACCUCUCUGUCUGUCUCUGUCUCUCUCUCACACACCCACACCCACACACCCUGAGCACACUUCUCUAGUUUUUAAAACCUUGGCAUCCGUACAAGAUGGUGUACCUCAAGUGCAGUACCCCAUUGGCUCACUGUCUGAGCUUUCUCCCCAUGUGACUUUGCCCUACUGCCUAGAAAUCAGAUGUGUGCUGAGUGUUUCAGCAAGAUUGGUGCUUGUACUUUUCCAUUCUUAUACAAACCCACCCGUAAACCUGACCACAUCUAUACUUCCAGUUGACAACUGGAAACUGACUUCAGAUGGCUAACUUAUUCUAAGAGAUGCUUCUGAGGCCUAAAUGAGAGAAAUAUACAUAUGAUGCAUUUAGCUGUAGCUAAAGAGGUCAAUUAUAGAUGUAAAUAAAUCUAUAACAGUUUAUCCGUGGCAUGAUCUAUCGUGUUGCAAAAUGGGCAUCACUGUGGAUAAAGACCCAAGGCAGACAAGGCAGGGAAUAACAGAAGGAAAGAGAGAAAAAUGGCUGUUAAUAUAGGGGAGGACUGACUGUGAAGUCAUGUUUCAACUUAAAGAGCCUGUUCCUAAUCGAAGCACUCCUUAGUGGACAACUGAUCCAACUUGGAUUCUUUUAAUGUGCUCCAUUCUCAUUUCAAUAACACUUAGAAUGAUUCGUGAUUCGUCCAAUGAAGUUUUACUUCUAGGCCUGCUGCUCCCCUUAGAUAAAUUUGGAAAUGAAUAGUAUUUUUUUCUAAGCCUGAAACUACCAGUAAAAUGUGUUUGCUUUCACUCAUCUCUUCCAUUACGUACUGUAGUAAAAAUAAACAACAACCCUGUAGUUUACCUAGAUCAGGAAUUAUACUGUUUAUAAGCCUUGCUAAGCCAUCUUCCUCAUCCAGGAAACCAAACGAAAAUGUUCCUGUGAGUGCAUGCACUGACAACUGUGUGUAUUCCUCCCAAAGCUUAUGUCCGUUGAUAUUUAGCCAUAUGUGCCUGCAGCCAGUGUCUCCAGUGAACACUAAUAACUUCAUCACAUUUUGUUUUAUUUAUUACAUUUAUAUACUUCCUUUAUCUUCCAAGGAGCUCAAGGUGGUAUACAUGGUUUUUCAAGGUGGUUACAUAAGGCUCAAACAUAUAUGCCAUGAUCCUCUGUGCAUACUUGAAAGUCCAAUGAAUUAAGAUGUACUUCAGAUAAAUGUUCAUAGGAUUAGACUGAACUUCAGACCUUUAACCCAAUAACUAUGUCGUAUGAACUGAAUGUUUAAGUUUAGUUAUGAUACCUGAGACUUUGUUGUAACACAGUAGAAUCUAAUAAAUAAAUGUGGAUGCAUUUUCCCCCUCAUUGAAAAAGCAUCUGCCAGACAAAAUGUUCGCAAGAUCUCAUUUGAAGAAGCCUUGGAACUUCUGGGUACAGGUUUCCUUCGGGGAAGUACAGGAUUUCUACGAGCCAGUGGUGAUAUUCUGAAAGGGACAAGCUCGGUCAGCAGGGAUGUUAGAGUUGGAGUCACUCAGGUUUGAUUAUGUUAUAUAUUGUAAAAGUUACUAUUUUGGUUUUUUUUUGCUUUGUUUUUCUGUGAAAGUAUUGAACUAGUUAAUUGAUUUUACAUGUUAAUAUUUUACAGGCUUAUACAGAAGACUAAUUACUUGUCUUCUAAUAUUUCCCAGUGUUUUACUUGGAUGCUAAUGGUGCUUAUUUCUCUUUUUGAAAGAGAAAUUAAUUUGCUAAUAAUGAAAUUAUUUUAAUGUUUAUUUAUAAUUUUCUUUCACAAUGUUUGAGUUAGUUCAUUGUCUUUUCAUUUUUUAAAAAAAAUGUUUCUUAACAUUCAAAAACCCUUCUGCCUUCGUUUAAGAGCUAUUAUAUUCUGCAGCUUGCAAUGGUGAGGCCUUCUCUGUGAUCUGGUUCGCGUGUCACAUUAAACCUUAGUUAAAAUAAACUAUGGCUUGAUGUGAAUGAGCAGUGCGCUUGUGCAUGCUGCUGAAAUCGCAGGAGCUUUGCUCCUCCUUCACUUGCUGCUGCUGCACCGCCAGGAAACCAGGCAUGGUCUGACUUGUUGCCUCAUCUGAACCUGGGCUCAUGAUCUGUUUCUCUCUAAAACCUUGGCUUUCACUCGUGAUCUGUGUGAGAAACAAACCAUGAGCCUGACUGGUUUCCCACAAACAUGUAAUUGCUCUUAGCUGAUGUCUGAAAGAACUUGUUCCUUGAUUAAGCAUUAAUAAAGCAACUAAAAUAACACAUCUUUCACAUUUUUUCGGAUCAGUGGCUGUCAAGGACAGAGAGCCAUGGCAGAGAGAACUAACUAAUAUCAGAGCAGUUUCAUAUUUAGCAAUUUAGUCUCUGAGACUUUUUGUUACAGAGUCAGUAGAGCUGAGGAUUUUUGUGACAUAAAUGCAAAUCCGGUAUUGGGGAGGGGAUUAAUUCUUUGCCAUCUGUUAAUUGAUUGCCCUUCAUAGGGUGCCAGUAUGAAGUGACACCCAAAUCCCCUCCCCAGUAGGGCAUAUGCUUUAAAAAAUCUUGCUGUAUUAUUGAAACACUAAUUCAUUCCUUCUCUUCUCCCCAUACCGUCCAACAAGCAAAUGCACCCUGCUGCAUGGUGAGGCCAGCUGUCCCUUCAAAAUACCCUAACUAAAAUAAAAAUAAAGCUACAGUUUCUUCUUUAAACAAUUCCAUCAUACAUGGAAGUCCAGAACCUGUAGCAGGCUACUCAGGAAAAUUAUUUUAGGGCUGUUUCUGCCGCACAUUUUUGAAGAAAAAUAAUUGUGUUUUCAUGUCUAAAGCCUGAAGGGAUUAUGCUUAGAAAAUGUAUUCAGCUAAACUACAAAAGAUCUUGUCCUCCAACUACUUUUUAUUCUUUUCUCUAUGCUCAAAUAAAAUAAUGUUGAAACCUGUUUUUUUUUUUUAAUUCUAAAGUUAGAUUGCCAUAAAAUAACUCUCUCGUAACUAAUUCAAUAUAUUGGUGGGGAUACACCUAAUGAGUCCUGUCACCAAAAGUCCUGUGUGAGGGCUUCCACUUAUGCAAUGGGUUUUCUUUCCCCCCAUGACCCCGAAAUUGUUUUGGGGUGCAGGAGAACCCUGAAAACAAUGCUCAGGAGGAGGAGAGGUGGAUAAUUCUAUCUGGCAUUCUGCAAUGCUUGUGCUGAUAGGACAGUCAGCAUUGUGCAACACUGAUUUUCUUUCUGGGUGUGUUUCUUCCCAAUGCAAUUCUCAAUGUGGAUGUAGUAUUUAUGAGGUUGACCUAUUAACUGCAUUGAGUAGAAGUUGAUACCCAGUAAGAUAAUUUUUUCUUCAGAAUAAGGGCUCUCUAUAUUCUUCCCUUCUGUUCUGAUUCAUUGAGUUGCAAACAGUUAAAAUUCAUUUGUAAUAAGGAGGAAUAGUCCAGUCAUGGCAAACAUUUAAAAAAUAAAACCUGUAGGGUGAGGGUAAAAAUGCCCUAAUUCCCACAAGUGUGUAGUUUAUUGUAACCUAAUAAUUCUUAAAUUUCAUUUUGCACUAAAUGUGGGUGCUACAUGCAGAAUAUUAAAUUGCUGGAAGUUCUUGCAUACUGAUGCCAAAUGCAACAGUUUACAUAACAAGUAACAGCUGUUUCUCUUGUUCUCUUGUUCUGCUAUUAAAUAUAAGAGAGGAAGAGGCUGAAUGAACUAGCUGCUUUGUCGCUACUGGUUUAAUUUAAAGCAGUUUUUGCCCCCAACAUAGCAUCUAAAUUUGACUUAGAUGACUAAAAGCCAGUUUGUUUCCACCUUACUUCACAUAAUGAAGCUGGAAACAUGUUUGUCUUAAAAAAUAUUAACAAAAUUAUUUUGGUGUCCUGUUAAUAUUAUUUAAUGGUAGCCUUUAUGACUUCUUUCAUACUGCAUUAUAUUUUUGAGAAGAUUUUGAUGUAAAAACAUUGCAUUUUAAUCAAAUCUCUUUCAGGCAUAUGUGGUAUUUAUCUCCACGCUGGGAGGGCAGUGGCUUGAAAGGAAUUUUUCUGCCUUGCUUUCCCAUGUUCUGGACCUCGUUUCCCAGUCUCACCCUAAAGCUAUUCAGACUCAGAUGGACGCUAUCUGUCGCCGCCGCUGUAUUUCAUUUAUCCUCCGAGCUACAGUAGGAGGCCUUCUUGGGGGGAAAGCUCAAAUUGCAACUGCCAAGGAGAUUUGUCAAGCCAUCUGGAAGCUGAAGAAAGUUGUGGGUAUGGGACUAACAAGAUUAUGUGCUCUCCCUCCCCCCUCCUUUUCACUAGUACUUUGUAUCAUUUCCUAAUCUGCUCAUGAAGGCUAUGCAGUACUGUUUGCAUCUCCAACGAUGCCUUAUCUGAAAGAAAAAUCCACAUGGCCCUUUGGGAUUCAUUUCAGAAUAAUAAUUAAAAUACCUGUGAGUUCCUUUAAUGUUUUUCCAUAAUUUAAAGGUAAAGGGAUCCCUGACCAUUUGGUCCAGUCGUGACCGACUCUGGGGUUGUGGCGCUCAUCUCACUUUACUGGCCGAGGGAGCCGUCGUACAGCUUGUGGCCAGCAUGACUAAGCCGCUUCUGGCGAACCAGAGCAGCGUACGGAAAUGCCGUUUACCUUCCUGCCGGAGCGGUACCUAUUUAUCUACUUGCACUUUGACAUGCUUUCGAACUGCUAGGUGGGCAGGAGCUGGGACCGAGCAACGGGAGCUCACCCCGUCGCGGGGAUUCGAACCACUGACCUUCUGAUCAGCAAGUCCUAGGCUCUGUGGUUUAACCCACAGCGCCACCUGCGUCCCAUCUCCAUAAUUUAGGUUAGGGUUAUUAUGUGGAAGGUAAGUCUGAUGACUGACUAAGCGCCAUGGGAGUCAGAACUGCAUGUUGUGUACCAGGGAUACGGGUGGCACUGUGGUCUAAACCACGGAGCCUCUUGGGCUUGCCAAUCAGAAGGUCAGCGGUUUGAAUCCCCGUGACGGCGUGAGCUCCUGUUGCUUUGUCCCAGCUCCUGCCAACCUAGCAGUUUGAAAGCAUGCUAGUGCAAGUAGAUAUAGGUACCACUGCGGCGGGAAGGUAAACAGCGUUUCUGUGCGCUCUGGCUUCCAUCACAGUCCUCCGUGCGCCAGUAGCGGUUUAGUCAUGCUGGCCACAUGACCCAGAAAGCUGUCUGUGGACAAACACCGGCUCCCUCGGCCUGAAAGCGAGAUGAGCACCGCAACCCCAUAAUUGCUUUUGACUGGACUUAACUGUCCAGUGGUCCUUUAUCUUUACUUUUUACCUUAUUGUGUAUGACUGACUUCUAGCUGUUGAGGAUUUUCCACAGGUGUGGGAAUCAUGCACAUAUUCAUUGGUUAUGAACUUCCCUGUGGCAUCAAGCUAGUCUUCAUCAAGAUAAAAUAACCAUAUGGUCCAUUAGUCUCUCUCAGAAUGGGAAGUUUGUGUUUGUACACUGCAUCUAUGAACGUUGUGUCAGAAAUGCUGGAAUCUAGAUUAUGACAAUCCAGUGGGCUUGAAGGCACUGACAACCACUUGAUAGGUGAUGACUUCAAGUCCUGCUUACUUACUGUCUGCAGUACCAGUUUUACAUUCUUCAGGGGCAAAUAUGAGAAGACAGGGCCUCUGGGAGCGUAUGGGCCCCCAGCCACUCAUUGCUACUCAGAUAUAUAGGUUUCAAAACGGAGAAUAUUCAGGCCACUGCUUGGUUCUGAAUCAGGAUAUGGAGGUGACUUGCUUAACCAGGGCUUACUGUUAAUCAGAAUUUUGAAAUUGGCUUCAAACCCUUGAUUCAAAUAAUGGUUAAUAGCCAACUUUUCUUUGACUUAAAUGUGGUUAAGAUUGGUACUAGCAGUAAGGACUAUUCACACUUGAAAGGGAAGGGACUGUGAGAAUGGAAUGUGGGAUUCCACGAACUGCUUCCAUGGCUAAGCGAUUGGGAGAGUCUUAUGUGCACACCAGUUCAUUGACUGAAGUGCCCUUCUACCUACUUUUUCUUCUCAAUUGACUUGGGCCCAAAUUCAGAGGAAGUUAAUCAUGCCAUUAAAAUCAAUAGGGUAAGUUAGCUUUGACUCAUUAAUUUCAGCUGUCCUUCCAUGUGAGUAACGUUCUCUGGAUUUGGGCCUAUAUGUUUGCCACAACAUGGCAUCGAAAUAUUGUCUCCCAUACUCUUUUAACAAGCACAUGCCUAUUUUCCUCUACACAUGGGCAGGUACAGAGAAUAUCUGCAAAGUUGGUUGUCAGCUGAUCUUUGUUUUUUUUGCUACUCAGUGUCUCCUGCCGUCAGUGUUUUCAUGGAGCCCCGCUUUUACUGCAAAACUGUAUUAGAUAUGGUCGAUGUACCAGCCAUCUCCUCCUAGUCUUUUAAGUCUCUUCUUUUGUCUAAUGUAGCAAAGAUAACACAAUUCUGUCAUAUUACUAGAUGCUGCCAUGAGUGACAGUAACGUGGAAACCCGUGUUGGUACAACAGAUGUGGUAGCAAGCCAACAUAUGCUUAUAUGUUCCUUGGAAGAGCUUGGAAACCUCAUUCAGAAUUUAGGCACUACAGCUGCACCUCUGCUACAAGAUUCUAGUACAGGUAAUGGAUCAUACCUUUUGUUCUCCGUGAUUUUGUGAAAUGUAUGUUUUGGAUCCUUGAGACUUUGGACUCAUUAUAUAAAAAAACAGUUUAAGAAAACAAAAUGUUAUGGGUACCUUGAUCUAAUCCAGCUUGCUGCAGGAUUAAAGCAAGUUCUAAUACAGGUUCAGAUAAACCCAAUUGUCUCUCUCUCUGUGUGUGUUUUAAAUCCUUAUUGGAUAAAGAUUCUGUGUUACUUCAGAUAAUAUGUAGGAGAUCUGCGAUGAGUGGGCUUUUGGAAUCAGUUUUCAUGCUGUCAAGGGGAGGGUGGGAAUCUGUGGAAAGACCUCCUGUUAGAUGUCAAGAAAAUAAACAACUAUCUGACUUUUCGAAGACAUACGAAGGGAAGUCUAGGGAAGAUUUUAAUGUUUGAUGUUUUCCUGUGGUUUUAUAAUUUGUUUGAAGUCAGAUGAGUGGCAUAGAAAUAACAACAACACAGAUUGAAGUUCAUUACUCUGUGUUCUUAAACCGUAUGUAGGACACAAAAUACUCUGGCUCUUAGUUAAAAUAGGUAUAUUCUCUAUAUAAUCAUUAUUUAGGCCUUAACCUAUUUGCAUUUACUUAGGAGUAACUGUUAUCUGAAAAUAGCGAUACUUGUUUCUAAUUAAAUAAAAUGUUAGAACUUGGCUGCACAUCUUACAAAAAGAGUAUUUUAAAGAAAUAUAAUGAGAAAAGAGCUGUUCACUACUCACAGCAGACUCUGAAGUUGAAUUGUUGCAAUUGUGACAAGUUUCUCAGAAUUAUUUCCUCUACUAAAGGUAACUUAGCUUUGUACAACACGACAAUAGUGUUAUGUUUAUUAGUUAGAAAGCACCUUAAAGUCACUAUGCCCUGUAUAGAAAUUGUGGUUGGUAGGUGUUCCUCCAGGUUUAUAAUCUAAUCAAAGAUUAGACUUUUUCAAGAGGAAAGCAGGGUAAAAGGGGAAGGAGUGUCCGUGGGAAAACACCUGAAAGGGUGGGUGUGUGUUUCGAUGCGAUCAUAAAGGAAAAGUGGGUGUUAGGUAGAACAUCUGAGUGAUAGGGAGCUGCAAGUGAAAGGGCAAAUAAAAGAGAGAGUAAUCUUACAUAUAAUUAGAAGAUUGGAUCCUUUAGUAUCUAGGUAGCAGGCAAGAGGCUACAGGGAGAGAAUAUCGACUGUGGAACAAUUUGAAAGUAAGUACAGGAAGCUUAAAUGAAGAUGAGGGACGAUGGGAUGGCAAUUAAAAGAGUAAAGGAAUGAGCAGAAAAUUAUAAUAUGGGCACCAUCAUAUCAGAUGAAUGUUGCGCCAGUAGUCAAUGCAGGAAGCCAAAAGACAGUGAACAUUUUUUUUUGAUAGUGUACGUAGAGAGAAAAUGAGAUGGCUUGACCAAGAGCAGGAGAAAACAGGAAAAAAAGAUAAUUAAAAUAUUUGAAGUUUCUGAGCUUGAUGAGAAAACUAGCAGUUACAUGGUCAAGAGCAAGAUGAAACAUCCUAGAAUUUAUGACAUGAAGCAUCCUAGAAUUACUUAGUAUGGUGUUCAUUCGUGUGUUCAGAAGUCAGUUGUGAAUCUAGCUCAGUUACUGUUCCUGAAAAUUUGCUGUGCUGAUUUUUUAACAUUUCUGACUUUCCAGGGGUUUUGGAUGCAGUGGUGUCCAUUAUUAUCCACCCCAGUAUUUCAGUUCAGCUGGCAGCCGCAUGGUGUCUGCGCUGCAUUGCUGUGGCACUGCCCUGCUUUCUCUCGCCACUUCUGGAUCGCUGUAUCGAGCGGCUCACAGCACUCAAAUCCUCCCCAGAAGCAGUGACUGGCUACAGUUUUGCUGUUGCUGCCCUACUGGGAGCUGUCAGAAUGUGUCCUUUAGGAAUUCCACAUUGCAAAGGAAAGGUAAUUAUUUGAACCUUGGUCCUGGUAUUCAGUGCAAAGGCAUAAUUAACUGUUUGAUACAGCUAUAGACAACAUUUUUUUUAACAGCCUGUUCCUCACUGCAGGGAAUAUUUGUGCAUGAUGAAGAAAGUGUUGAAAAACCUGGAAUAUUUCAAAUGACUGGUUGGUCCAUUUCAAUGUAUUAGACCACUGAGUGCACCAGAUCUAAGAUUUUUUAUUCCAUCCAUGUAUCAUUUAGCUACACUGAUAAAUCAUUUUUACAGAGCGUUGAGUUCUAUUCUUCAUAUAUAACUAACAGCACAAUCAAGUAUAUUUACUGGCAUGUAAGCCCCAUUGUUUUCAAAGGCACUUACUCUCGGGUAAGCGUCAGUGUGAUGUUACUUAGUUUUGGUCAGACUAUAAUCCUCAGUGAAUUGAUUUUUUAAAAACAAAACAAAAACAGUGAAAGAAUUAAAAUAUUAACAAUUACUGUUUCUUAAAUAGAGAAAUUAACACCGCUCUUGAUAAUAGACUGAACUAAGAGAGAUGGGGGAAUUCUCGUCUGAGGAAGUCGCUUAAUGUUUUCUGAAUUCAUGGAGUUUCUCUCCAUCUCUUUAAGAGCUGGUGAAAUUCUUUUAAAAGACUCAAACUUCCAUAACCUCAUCCUGGCGUGGUAUUAGUUUAAACUGGCAGAUUACCAUAGCUCACCACUUUCCCACAGACAUCGCAGCUUUGUCAGUGAGGGGGGAAAAAUCUGAGCCUUGUAUUCCUGAACAAUGGAAGUGAAACCCAUUUGGCCUUGCCAAGCAAAAGAUUUUCUUUUAAAACGGCUAAUUAGAAGUACAUCCACAGAUAAGUUGCUUCUCUGUGAUGGGAGACGGGAGCUUUUUUGGCAAGGGAUCUUAUUUCUGUUUUUCAUUGCUACCUCUCUGGAUCUGAAGUGGGUAGCUUGCAUGCCAGCUGGCUUGCUUGCAUGCCAUAUGCAUCUCAAGAUCCCUCUGGAAUUGAAGUGUGACUCUCCAAUAAGUCUAAUCUAAGUGCUUAUCUGUCCAGUACCUGCAAUUACAAGCCUAACUAAAGAGGAGCAAUGGAUAACAGUAUGGCAGCACCUUUGCUUUGAAACUCCCUGGCUGUUGACUUUAAGCAUGUGCCUUUACUAUACGGUUUAAGACACCUGCUGAACAUUUUUAUGCCCCAGCAAGACACAUGAUGUAGUGAAAUUUGUUCUAAACGUUUUCUUGAUUUUAUGUUUGUUUUAAUUAACGAUGCUUUCAUGCAUAUUUGUUUUCAUUGGUUUGUGUAUUAUAAUCAUGUUUUAUAAGUGUAUUAUAAUCAUGUUUUAUAAGUAACUGAAGCUUUACUUUGAUUUUUUUAGAAAAUAUGCACAAGCAGUUUAUACAUUUUCAUUAAAAACUUAAUAUUCAAGCCAUUGCCAUUUUUAAAAAAUCCAAUGGGAUCCAAAAUAGGAGGCAGUUUUAGUGCAAGCAUUUGCUGCCACUAUAGAGGUCCAAACAGCUGGAAACAACAGCUCUUGCCAUUAAAGCCUUAUUGCAUACCUUAUUGCGCUUCCAUCCCAAGUUCUGAUGGGUAUUUUAUUCAGCAACAAGAGACUGCCAGCUUACCCCCUCCACCAUUCUAAGCCUCUAAACCAGCAUUUUGUUUUGUUUAUGCAUACAUAAAUACUAUUACUACCAGAGGUUUUUUGGGGUGACUUACAAGAGAAGAACAACAGUAAGUUAAAAUAAUCACACUUAGGUUCAGUCCAGAAUUUCUCUGAACAGAGUUCUGCUCUGAGAGAACGGGGAGGUGAUCUUUACUGAUUCCUCUUUCCUCCUGCAGCUGCCUGAGAAGCUGUCCUCCAGGGUUGUAGGACCCUUGAGGGCAACAUGAAAAAUGGUGUACAGACUGCAGGCCAAAGGAAUCAUUUAGGAUCCUUGAACAUCACGUCCACCCACCCCUGUUCAUCCAGCUAGGAGCCUCUGCUGCAUCUUGGCGCCUUCUGUGAAUAGAAGGAGCCAUUCAUGAAGCAGCCUCUCUGGAGCCAGUCCAAGGGAAAUACAGCAAAUAAAACACAAUUGCCUAACAAAGGAGUGGCCAGUCAGAAGGCAUAAAAUGCACCUCUCACAUGCAGAAGGCCACUUCACAGCAUCUGAAGACAGGGAGUCGAGCUCUCAAAAGCUUUCACCACAAUACAUUGGUUCAUCUUUAAGGUUUCACAAGGUUUCCUUGCUAACCAGAAUUAAAAAGUGGCUGUUCUGGAAUUUUACCGAUUAUUAACAGCUCCCAUUUAUCCUCUUUGGGAGCUGUUAAAUAUAUAGAAACAAUAUGCAUGCCUUUCUCGGAAAGUGUUUAAUUGUUAAUGCAAAAACCAUCACUUUUUAUCACAGGCAGUCAUGACAGUAGCUGAGGAUUUGUUGCGUUCAGCUUCUCAGAACAGCCGCAUCUCAAUACAAAGAAUGCAAUCUGGAUGGCUCCUGAUAGCUGCCUUAAUGACAUUGGGUAAGACUGACUAGCCCACUCAUUAUUUAUUUCAAUAUAUGAAUGUGGCGUUCUGCACAUCAGCUUGGUAUGGUGGUUUUUUAGUUUAUUUUGCAAGGAAGAAAUCCUGGCUUUUUAUAUUCUAAUUAUUCACCUCAAUAAACACUCCCACCCAGCUGGUGAUUAACUUGGGAACACGGAUAACCUAAAUAGUUACAACAUUAUCGUUCUCCUGAGAGUGUUCCCAUUACAGCACAAGGGCAUGCAUUGAAAACUGUAAAGUGUGCCCAUUUCUGGUUUAAAUGCCUUUGUUUUUGCUACAUGUAAGUAUGUAUCAGAAUUCCAUACUGUGCCCAGUAGGUGGGGAAGUUAUCCAGUUGGCUCAUGCACUGACAGGCAAAAGUGGUUGCACGCUAAGCCUGUAACAUAUUUUAAGCCAUACUGAAUUGUAUAAUAUUUCCCCCCUCACACCAGUGACUUUUUAAUUACCGUAUUUUUCGCCCUAUAGGACGCACUUUUCCCCCUCCAAAAAUGAAGGGGAAAUGUGUGUGCGUCCUAUGGGGCGAAUGCAGGCUUUUGCAGAAGCCUGGAGAGCGAGAGGGGUCGGUGCGCACUGACCCCUCUCGCUCUCCAGGCUUCAGGAAGCUAUCCGCAAGCCUUGAGAGCCCAGCGCGAUGUCGCGCCAGGCUCCCAAGGCUUGCGGACAGCAGCCUGCAGCCGGAAACCCAGGGAGCGCAGCCGAGUGCACCCCGGGCUUUGGGCAGAUAUCCGCAAGCCUUGGGAGCCCGGUGCGACUUCCCGCCAGGCUCCCAAGGCUUGCGGACAGCAGCCUGUUCUGGGGUCGGGGGAAGCUCGGGCUUCCCCCGACCCAGCCCCGUGCCUGGGGGGGGGGGGGAAAUAAUUUUUUUUUAUUUAUUCCCACUCCCUCAAAACUAGGUGCGCCCUAUGGGCCGGUGCGCCCUAUAGGGCGAAAAAUACGGUAUUUAAUAAGCACCAAAGUUAAUAAACGGUGAAGUCGGUAGCUAUAUGCAGCACACAUUUGUUUUUACAAUAGUAGUCAGUCUUAAGUUAGCAAACUUAACUCUCCCCUCCCUUUUAACAACAACCAUUAACAACAAAGCAAUCUGCAUGGAGGGAGUCUGAAAUAUGCAUCAAGAAAAGGUAAGUGUGAGAUUCAACUAAUGAAUCCCUUCAACAGAAGCCCUAAACAAGGACUUGUGCUUGCAUACCAGGGCUUUUCAUCCCCCUGACAGUGGCUGGGGUGGGAGUUGAGAGAUCCCUCUGAAAAGUGUGUGAGCUAGGGAAAGAGGGAAAGCUGAAAUGCUUGCCCUGACACAAGGUUGAAUUCCUCCCUGAAUUCUUGAGCUCAUGAUAAUUAUGCAAAAUAAUUCAUGUCACCUCUAGCUAGGGAUUAUGCACACUCAAUUGCCUAGUCCAGGCACAGGCCAAUCUACAAAGCUGGAAUCCUAUUUUUGGAUGAGGGCUGGAUUCUGUUUCCCCUGUCUUUAUGCUCUGCUGAACAGCUGAUUGGUUUAAUUCCAGCUCCUCAUUUCCCCAUUAGCUCCUUUUACUGGCCUAUAUAUGCACCAACCAAGCUGCAGUAUAUGUGCUGUUUCAGAUGGAGGCCUCGCCACUCCUGAUUUUAGUUAAAAUAUUUUCAUUUUUACCUUAAAAGUCUUAGAGUUUAGAUUGAUGUAUUGAUUGUUGCACAAGAGGACAUAUGGUGGAAAGAGGAGAACAGCAGGUUGUACUACGCCUUGUCAUGAACGGAAUAUGUAAGCAAAACCCAACAGGAAAAGCAAUUGUUUAAAACAAAGGUGGUAGUAUGGACUGUGUUUUGAUUCACCUGCCACUCCUGUACAGAUUGCUUGUGUAGCAUGGCACAAUACGGUGUUGGUGAUGAUUUUAAUUUAUUACCCAUUAUUCAUCCCAAGGUUCCAGCAAUUUAAAAUAAAACAUCAAAAACUGUUCAAACCAAGUUGCAAUUGUAAAAGUAGGUUGAACCCUAUAUAUAUAUAUCUUAGGCAUCAAAGGCCAGGGUUACAAAUAGCAUUUUCAGCGUACGCCAAAAACUAUAUAGUGAAGGUGCCAGAUGCACUCUGUGUUCAUAAGAAUCACAGAAUUGUAGAGUUGGAAAGAACUUUGAGGGGCAUCUAGUCCAACGCCCUGCAAUGCAGGAAUCUCAACUAGAUCAUUUGGGUGCUGUGGCUUAUGCCUGGUUGGUGCAGUUCCAUUUCAGCUAACAAUGCACCUCUCAGAUGUUGUUGGAUUACAAUUCCCAUCAUCCUUGAACCCUCUAGGCAGCUAGCAGGUGGUUUUUUGAAGGUUUGUUGUUGACAUCAGAAUUUUAGUGCAUCGUAUUAAUAUGAGAAAAUGUCCAAUAUUAACAUGAUAGGUCCGGCCGUUGUUCAGCACCAUCUUCCAAGAAUGCUGUUAUUGUGGAAAUGUGCUUUCCCAUUAUCGCCUAAAGAUUUAGAAACUGAGAAAAGCCGGGGUGAUUCAUUUACAUGGCAAGUGACGCUGGAAAGCCGGGCAGGUGCUCUCUGUGGUAUGUGGAAUUUAUCUUGGCUGCUUUGUAAUUUCUCCCCUCUCUUCACGUUUUGAAGGAAAAAUGAUGUUCUCUUUUUUGACUUUGUGUGUAUAUGCAGUAUACUUCCUGAGAUCUCUUUUUCCCAGUUUCCCACUUAUGGCGGAAAUGAUGGAUUCAAGUACAAGAACUGUUCUUAACAUUCCACAGUAAAACAAAGGGAAUUUGACCAUUUGCAGCAAGCCUACUGUUUAGAAAUAGAUGUUACCAGUUAGCUAUAAUAGACCAGAUUAUUUUUAUUAAGCCUUUUUACAUUUUUUUAGAGACACAAAUAGAUGUUAGACAUAUGAAACAAUUCUAUUGUUGGAUUUCUAGGUAUACAUCUAUAAUUCAUUAUAAAAAUAAAAGUUUACUUUUUAAUAGUCAGUAUCCUUCAUCCCCAGCUAUUAAAAGUUUUAUCGUCCAUUGUGGGGGCCUCCUUACAGAUGAAGUGAUUCAAAGAUUGCUUCCUCCCCUCCCAUGUGCUGUUGCUUUACUGACACAGUGAGUAUUGCUGCUGAGCAGCACUCAUUUUUAACCAAAGCUUUAAUUUUGAGCUGUUGAUUUCAUAGCAAAAAAUAAAAGCACUGAAUAUUUCUUUGGUGUUUUCUACAAAUAUCAACCAAGUAAUGGUUUUGUGCAAAUAGUUGUACUAAUGUGGCAAUCCAGGUUGAAAUUUUAUAUGUGAAGGGAGAAAAAUAUUGCUUGGAAACUUCUACAGCAGUCCUUCAUAGAGUCAGUGCAAGAUUCUAUCUGAUACAGAAACUGGUUAACAGGUCCUUACUUGUGUGUUUGCAGCACAAAAAGCAGUAGUUCUUUCUUCCUUUUAAAUGUAUCAUCAUUUUUGUAUAGUCACGAAGUCACAAAGUUUUAGAAGAAGCCAGACAACCAUGUCUAUAGCAGAAUGCUAUAAAUUGUAAGGAGUUCAGGCAGACUGUUUCAUCCUACCACACUUCAAUGUUCAAACCCUACUGAACCUUCUUGGUCUCUCUUACUGGACUUAACUGUUUACUAGAAUGUUUUAGGGCAGGAUUCUUGCCAUCCUGUUUUGGCUCCAAUUCUGUCUGGACUCACCUGAUGGGGAAGGGCUGUAGCUCAGUGCUAGAGCACCUGCUUUGUAUGCAGAAGGUCCUGAGUUCAGUUCCUGCCUUCUCCAGAUACAGCUGGGAAGGACUUCCUGCCAGAUAUCCCAGAGAGGCCACAGCUGGCCAGUGUAGGCAAUACUGAGUUUAAUGGACUAAUGAUAAGACUUGUUACAACGCAACGUCCUGUAUUCACCUCAGUUCAGCAUUAGAGGAAGUGAUAUUUUGAGAAUUGCUAUACAGUGGUACUUUGGUUUUCGAACGUAAUACGUUCCGGAAGACCGUUCAAGUUCCAAAACGUUUGAAAACCGAAGCACAAAGGGCUCUCUGCAAAUUCAAUUGAGAAAAUUGAAAAACAUGCAGUGGAAGCCAUUCGACUUCUGAGACACGUUCAAAAACGGAAUCAUUUACUUCUGAGUUUUUGGUGUUCGGGUUCUGAAACGUUCAUCAAUGGAGACGUUCGAGAACCGAAGUACCACUGUACAUAUAUAGUGCUGUACAGUGGUUUUAAUUUUUUUUAAGCUUUCCAGACACUGAAUUUUAGGUGAGGUACAAAGCAAACUAGUAGCUGGAAUUUGUUGGAUAGAUGUUUUUCUCUUUUGACUUUAGUAUGUGGUUUUUUAUGUUUUAAGGCUUCCUUCACUAACUAAAACCUAUGGCAAUCCUUUAAAACCUUCAGCAGUGAUGUACAGGAAAAGACUUUAUGAACUGCUUACUUUGUUGCCUCCAAAGAGCUAUGAAGGUAAGUCAUCAAGCAAUAAUUCCCUGAAAUACUUCCAAAGGUUUUGUUCUUGUCCUUUUUGUUUUAUGGACAAAUGGACAAACCAGUCUUAUUUUAAUGGAAAAGUAAUUUAACAUCAUGAAUUUAUAUUUAUACCAAAUGUGUGGAUAGUAAUCAAGCCAAAAUUUUAUUGAGAGAGCUGUUUCCCAGGAGGGCGGCCAUUUAUACAGCGGUUUAUGGAAAGAGAGUUUCACCUGAAUGAAGUUUAAGCCAUAUCUAGAGUACCUGGGAAAGGAAAAAAUGCCGCUUGCCUGCUCUGAUGGCCUUUGUUGCUUAAUUCAGACAUCACACCAAACCAAUUGCAGGAGGGCUCCCCAACACUUCACAGAAGCUUUGUGGAGGUUGCAGACAUGGAGUAGGGAAAUAAAAGGACUGGUUAUGCAAGCUGCCUUCUGCUCACAUAAUCACUGAAUACGAAUAGAAAAAUGACAUUCAUUCCAAAGUAACUUUUGUGUUCAAUACAACUAAACCUGACUUGUAACAAAGCUGUUACAAAAGCUAAAAAGUGUUGAAGUGAAAGAAAGGGGUUGGACUCGAUGGCUCUUGUGGUCUCUUCCAACUCUAUGAUUCUAUGAAGAGAAAGUGUAAUUCUGUUAAACAUUUUUGUUUGUUUGUUUACUUCAGUAACUUGUGUUUUUAGGUAGGUACAUGAAUUCAUUUUUGUGCCCAUGCUGUCUUUCAACCUGACCACGAUGCUCUACAAACUGUGGGAUUUUCUGAAAUGGUUCAUUACAUUUUUCUUUGGCUCAAAAUAUCUAAUAGGAUCCUUUUCCUGAUAUUAUGAAGUUUUGACAUUCCACAUUUGUUUAACUUGUUUAGUGUUAUGACUUGCCAAAAGGCACAUUUAUCAGAAGUCCCAAAUACCAUAUGUACUUGGCAAGGGAGGUGCCAUAAUCAUGAAGAUGGACUUCCUGGGAUGAGGCUCGUGUUCUGACCCCUGCAGUUUCCCCAAAUGCUGUUGACUUGACGGCAGAAUCUGUGGCAGUGGUAAACUGCACUUGCACUUCCCCUGAUUCUUCUGUGUUAAAGAUAAAAAAGAAAUCUUGUCCUUAAGCACCUUGCCAAUAAUAUCUUUAGAUACUAGUUUUAUAUAAAAGUAAUUUUCUUCUAUCUCCUUAAUUUACAGGAAGCUUCUCUGCUGUUCUCAAAGAACUAGUGCUUGAUUUGACUCAGCCCGAUAACCAGAUGUCACCCUCUGCUGCUUACCUUCCAUCUCUCUGUCACCAGGAUGAACUUAACUUACUGGGUCCCUUACUACAGGAGACAGAGCACAGAUUUAUUGAAGAGCAGGUAUGCUUCAGCAGUAACUUACCCAUUCAGAGAAGGUAGUCUGAUGUCUGGUGGUAACAAUUGCACUUCCCCAAUCUUUGCAGCUGUUCCUAGUUAACAGUAUAGCUGGUGGAAGUCUGGAGUAUGACCCAUAUUUGGUUUAUGAGAGAGCUGCAGAAGGUGGUUCUGUGCCUAAACCCUUACCGCCAACAUUAUCCAUUAUUGGAGCAGCAACCCGUCUCUUUGGAGUCGUAUUUUCCCAUGUUGCAGAGUCUCAAAGGUAAAGAAAAUUAAAAAGAUCAUGACUAGUGCAUGUAAAACAGGCUGUUGCAAUGUUCAGCACAUUGGAAUUUUUUUAAAAAAGUAAAUGGUUAUGUGGCCUGAGGACUCUGUGUAAAAAUAUAUCUAUAUAAAAUAUUAUACAGAAGCUGAAUUAAUUUUCAGCCUCAGGUUAGCUUAUGUGUGAAAAUAAUGAGCUACCAAGAAUUGCUGAGAAAGUGGUACUAUUACCCAUCCUGGUUCUGCAUAGGUGAGAUUUGAAAUUGGUUUUCCCAGAUCCAAAUCCAUUCAUGUCUAUCUGAAAAGUCUGAGACAUCUUGAUCCUUCUGGUUCCUUUAGAGCAGAAACUUCUACCAAAAAUGUAGAAGUCCAGCUGGAUUAGUCCAUAUGUCUGCCUGGUCCACAGUGUGUUGCCUGUAGUGGCCUGCCAUGUCCUUUUGGAAAGGCCACUGUAGAGCAUGAAAGCAAGAGCUCUCCACCACUGUCUCCAUUCUACACUCACCCACCCCAGCCUGAAAACAACUGGCAUUCCAAGGAAUGCUGCCUUUGAAAUAACAUGCAUGAACACUUUUCUGUUUCCCAAUCUAGUUCUAAUUUAAUAUUUCAUGUGCAUACACAACUUCUUAUGAAGCUCCUUCACCUUCCUGUCCUGUCAUUUUCUAAUUCAGGUGCACAAGCAUUUGUGAAACCAAUCUGUGGUAUAACAAGCGCAUUGGGGGUCUAUUGAUGGUGAGCAGGUAGGAAGAGAAUAGGCUGUGGGGAGGAAGAAUAGUUAAAAGAUAUUGUUUGGCCAUUUGUGAUAGGCCACUUUGAAUAUUAAUCCAGCCACUGUAGGAGCAGCAGCAAUAGUUACUGGUUUCCCACCUGUUUUCUCAAUCCUACAUAACGUAAUAUCUUGCAAAAUGCAGAACACAAACAACAAAAUGCUUUUCAUUUAUGAAGUGUGGGUGUAUAUCCAUAUAUGCAAAUAUGUUCACAUGCAUCACUUUUUAAAAACAUAACAAAAUAUAUGCAGUGUUAUAGUAGUUACUUAGAAUGAUAAAGUUGGAUGAUAGUCUUUUUUUAAAGGGGUAGAUAGAAAGAAAGGUGUACUAGAUUGGGGUUAACAGACAAUCAGAGAAAGGACCCCAAGGACACAUUGGGAAAUAGUGGGUUCUACACUAGGGGACAUGCCACAGCAAAAGCAGUGUUCCCUGCUCAACAACCUGAUAUCUGCUGAACUUGCUGGAAUAACAGAGAGAUUAGUUAUAUCCCCUGUCUCCUCCUGUUCUUGUGUGUUUAAGGUUGCAAGUAUUAGAACAAUUAUUGACAUCUAUAAAACAAACCAAAGGAUCACGGCAGCAGAUAGUACAGCAAAAUGUUCUAUCAGCAUUUUCUAAUGUUCUGAAGGUAAGAGUCUCCCUUUGUUACAAAAACAGGUCUGUUGGCUAAAAAGUGAUUAUACCUUAUAUAUUGAAAGGUGUUAUUAUAGUGCUGUUUCUGUGAAUUAGAAAAUUUGAAUAAUACUUCUGAGAGCUCUGUGUCCUUGAAAAUAAAUCACAUUAUUGUGGCAUUGUAUUAAAUUCCAUACUCUUUGUAAGUAUUCAUCACCAGGAAGAAAAUUUAGAGUUUGAAUAUAAUUUCAAUAAAUGCAACUUUAAAUAUGCGUAUUUGUUGCUUGCCCCUUCUAAAAUGUUUUCUCUCUCUUUCUUUCUGUUUACCAUCCACCAGAUCUUGUCCUAGUUUUCUGUUUUUAGGCUUAGAGGUGCUUUAUACACUUCUUUUUUUUGAAGAGAACAUGUUACAGACUCUUUAACGUUUUGAGCACGUUUAUUAUUUCUUAACCUCGUGCACACUGUGGAAUUGCAUGAUGGACACUGUCUUUUCUGACCUUUAAAACAUGCUGAAUUGACAAGGAGAAAAACUGGUGCAAUGCAGGAAUCCACAUUCCACUAUUGUUUAGAAACUCUCUAAUGGAAACCAUGUUUGUAUAGCUGGAGGUGUCCUGUAUUGGCAACAUAAUUAUCUUCCUCUUGCAUCUAGAGUCAAAUGGAAAAAUAUGCUGCUAUAUGUGCAACCCACCUCUGUUUUCAUCUGCUUGAUGUUGUCUGGAAAAAACCUUUUCCCUACAGCUCAUAAGCUGCUCAUGCAUGUGAAGAUGGGUUAUAUAUUUUAUAUUCAUUUUUCAGGCAUCAUUGCCCAAAAUUUAGCAGGUUAGAGUGGUAGAAUAAUACGACCUUUGGAACUACUCCUGUAGGGAUAUUGCAUAGAUAGUCUUUAUCCCUGUAAAAUUCUGUCUACUGUAUCUACAUACUGAGCUUUUAAAAAAAUAAAUCUUUUUUUGUUCUAGCAUCUGGCUAGCUGCAAGGGAAAUUUAGGUUCUGAAGAAAUUCGAAGCUCUGCCCUGACCUUAGUGAUGAGUGCCUUGGAAAGUAGUAACCCACUCUUAAGAUGUUCUGCUGCAGAAUCCUUAGCCAGACUUGCACAAGUAGCUGCUGACAGUACUUUCACUGCUGGAUUGGUGCAAAUUAGCUUUGACAAGUAAGACACUUCUUAUUGCAUUGUUUUGUUACAUUGCACUGUACUACAAAAUGAACUGCUUGGUCCUAUGCAUAUAUACUCAGAAGUAAGAAAAAGCUUCAAGGGUAGAGUUCAUUGUCAUGAUGAAUGUUCCAUCUGUGCAAGCUUUUAAGUUUGCUAGAUGAAAAAAAUCUCCCAUUUCUUCCCUCUGUGUGAUGUUCUGGUGGUUCUCAAUAGCUUUUUGAAUGUCAAAGUACACUGUGUCAACCAGAUGCUUGAUGACAUUCUUAAAGAAUUCAGUGAAACAGGUCUUGCUCUUGCAGAAGCCACGCUCGCUCAGCAAGGCUUGUUCUUCUAUAAGCUUGGUUAUUUUCCCUUUAACAAUAAUUACGACUAGUUUUCCCAGGACAAAUGUUAAGAUAACCAGCCUGUAAUUUCCAGGAUCACUCUGUAUCCCUUUUAAAUAAUUGGUGUGAUAUUUACUGCUUUACAGUUCUCAGGGGUGGAAGCUGAUCUGAGGGGCAAGUUAUGUAUUUUUGUUAGAAGGUCAGCAAUUUGACAGGUGGAUGCCGUCCAGACCCAGUAAUCUGUCAGUUUUCAUUUUGUGUAUUAGGUCAAGAACUUCAUCUCUCAUUACCACUAUCUGCCUCAGUUUGUCAGAUUCCCAUCCUGCAAAAGUUAGUUUGCAAACUGCAAAAACCAGUUUUGAGAUCUGCUGCUGUAUAUCUUCCAUUGUGAAUAUUGAUGCAAAUAAUUCAUUCAGCUUCUCCUCUGGGUUCUGGGCAGAGGAUACCACUUAGCUAUGAGGAGACUUGACACCAGUAACAUAUUUUUUUCUAUUUGCUUCACUAAAGUUAUUUUGUAAAUCUGGACUCAGUUGCUAUAAUCACCAUUCUAAUUUCAUUUGAUUUAACAUGUAUGUGACACUUUCCCCAAAACCAAGUUGAGCUCAAAGCAUCUCUUACCCAGUUUAUUUCUUAUUUUUUAUAAUACAUAGACUAAAAUCUGCCAGAGAUGUAAUAUCAAGAACAGGACAUUCUUUGGCUCUGGGAUCCCUCUAUAGAUAUCUAGGAGGAAUAGGCUCCACUCAGCACCUGAAUGCUUGUGUUGGAAUACUUUAUACAUUAUCUCAGGACAGCACUUCACCUGAAGUACAGGUAUUUAUUGGAUUCAACUGUUUUUCCUUUUUUUAUUGUGUAAGUGGCUUUGAGGACCUUCAGGUGGAAAAGUAGUGUAACAGUUUUAUUAUUUAUACCCCACCCAUAUAUAACUGUGAACAAGCAAACCUUUAAAAAAUGUUCUCUCAUUUGAGUAUUGUUUAAUAGCCAUUUUGUAAAGUAUGUCUUCCUUCAUAAAAGCAGACUUCAAAUCCUCGAGCUGUUAACUUGGUUGUUGUUGCUCUUGUUGGUUCUUCUUCUUGUUGGCUGUGACUGAUAGUGAACUGAGUUGGGGGAAGUGAAGACUCACCAUGAAAGGCACAUGAAUCUGGGACAAAGGAUCAGUGUCUGUUCAAAGUGCCCUAUUCACUAUCCUUUCCUCCUUGCAGUUCUUCUAUUUAUUGAACCCUCUACUUGCUUCUUCUGAAACAGAGAUAGAGGGCAAGAGGGUGCUGGAAUUUUCAAACUCAGGUCGGCAAGGACAGUGUUUGCUCCCUGAACUUACACACACACACACACACACACACACACACGGGGGGGGGGCAUCAGCUCUUAGAUAAGCAUGAACACUUAGAGCUGAUCUGCGUGGAUUCCCACGUGGCACCACACCCCUCCUCUUACACGUGCUAGGGCUAUCUAUUCUGAUCUCCAUUUUAGAUGCAGGUGUGGGAGAAAUGCAGUCAAAUCUAACAAUGGAUAUUCUUUUCUAGGAGUUAAGGCCAUAGAGCUUUAUUGCUGAUAGGCAGACUCAGACCAUGGAAACGUAAUUGGUAGAGAAGUCUCUGUGUGAUGUGGUUUCCCUUCCUCUCCUGGGAGGAAGAAGCAUAUAGUAUUCUCUGUUGUCAGCCAGCCAUGAAGGAGGUGUGCCUCCGAUCAUUCCAGCAUCAUGCAUAUGCCUGAAGCUGUUUUUGCUGUAAACACAAGUAUUUUACCUUCAUUUACUUUUAAUGCUGUUGCUGCUAAGGAUGAAUGUUCGACUGUGACAAAAAUAUAAACUGAUCAUGUUGUCUGUUAACCCACAACAUGGGUCUGUAGGGGAAUAACAUAUAGUUAAUUAUAUUUCCUCACCUACCAAAUAAAACCCAUCAGCAGUUAAGUGAACGGCUAUUGCCACUGAGGAAGGCAAGAAAGUUCAGGCCAGUUUAUAUCAUGUCUAUAUUCAUGUAUGCCAGAAUCGGUACUUACUCACUUCUCCCUUCCCUUAGCCCUGCCGUGAGGAGCAAUUACAUUUCUUCAGGUCAUUCAUCUUAAACUCCUAUCAUUUCCAGUCAUGUUGUUGUACUGAAUUAUUAGCAUAUUAUUUAGCACCAUCUCACAGAAGUACACUCAUUUUACACAAUAAUUUUAUUUUUGGUCACAGUUUGCGAAUUAUUUUAUGUUUGUGCAUUUGUAUGUGUGACAGCACAGCAUUUUUGGUAUUUUACAGACCUGGGCACUGCAUUCUCUGUCACUGGUCAUUGAUUCUGCUGGUCCUCUGUAUCACGUGCAUGUGGAACCUACCCUCUCUCUUGUUCUUAUGUUGUUGUUGACUGUGCCUCCUGCUUAUGCUGAAGUUCAUCAAAGCCUUGGUCGCUGUUUAAAUGCACUUAUCGCUACUUUGGGUCCUGAGUUGCAAGGUAUGCACAUAUUUGCGACAUAAUGACAAGACAGGAACCAGGCUGUUGAUUAUGAAGUUGGGAGAUAAUGCUUUGCUAGUUCUCACUUAGUGAAAUGUGUAUGGAGUACAGGAAGAACUAAAACCAUGUUCAGACUUCUGCAUAUCGGGACGAAUUCUUUUCCCAAGUAUUGCACAAUCACAUCAUUAGCUUGGGUGUCUCCGGCUGUAGUUGGACUACUACUCCCAACAUCCCUGACUACUGGCCCUGCUAGCUAGGCAUGAUGGGAGUUGUAGUCCAACUACAGCUGGAGACACAAGUUUCAGAAACACUGGUGUAGUUUGUAGCCCUCAAAGCUCAUUUAAUGGAUAAAUUGAAUGUGAUCUGCAGGCUUCUAUUCUUGAGUGCUUCAAAUGACCAGUGCUCUUUUCCCCUGGCUGGAGAACCCCUACUAGUCUUGAGGUCUAGGCAAAUUUUCCCUCUGGGUGCAUAUAGGUGCCCUUCUCCCUGAUUGCCUAGAUCAACUAUCUGAUUGAGGCCCAAGCAAGUGACAUUGACCAUGUUCUUUGCCCUUGGGUGUGUGGUUUUUAUUGCAGAAAUUAGCCAGUGCAGGGUGAGAGGUCAUUCAAGGACCCUGGCAUGGAAGGUAGGGUGUUCAACCACUUGCUGCCUGCUGCAAUGUGGAUUGAGAUCUCAUGUCUGCAGGGUGGGCAGCGGGAGAAGGAACUCCUAAUGAAGCUAAUCAGGUUUUUUCUCAUGCAAAUUGCCAGCACUGGGGGCCUAAUCAGGACUGUAGCCACCACGGGAAAGGGGUAAAGCCUAGUCCCGUGCCAGUGUCCCAAUAUGCAUUGCCCCUGCACAGUUCUGGGGCUUUAGAGUUAACAUCUUCCUCCUGGCCAAUUUGUCUCAAUAAUUUCUAUUAUUGCCCUUUUUGUAUGGGGAAAUGUUUUUUUACAUAUACCGUAUUUUUUGCUCUAUAAGACUCACUUUUUCCCUCCUAACAAGUAAGGGGAAAUGUGUGUGCGUCUUAUGGAGCAAAUGCAGACUGCGCAGCUAUCCCAGAAGCCAGAACAGCAAGAGGGAUUGCUGCUUUCACUGCGUAGCAAUCCCUCUUGCUGUUCUGGCUUCUGAGAUUCAAAAUAUUUUUUUUCUUGUUUUCCUCCUCCAAAAACUAGGUGCGUCUUGUGGUCUGGUGUGGUGCGUCUUAUAGAGCGAAAAAUACGGUAGUUUUGUUUAGUUCAGGGACUUUAUUGUUUGAUGUUUUGUGAGCCUAUGUAUUUUCAGUUACGUAUUUCUGUUUUUUUAAAAUGUUAGAAGUAAUCUAGAAGAUUUAGCGUAGGCGGUGCACACACUGAACAAAUAGUAAUGCAGUUUUUGAUGUUGUUAACUUCUAUCUGAGUGAAAAGAACAUGACAGAGGGAAAUCUUUCUCCUUCCUUCUUUGUCCUCUGUUAUAGGCAGCAGCACUACAGUUUCAGCCUUGAGGGCAUCUUGUCUCCUAGGCUGUGCAGUGAUGCAAGAUAAUCCUGACUGCCUUGUCCAAGCUCAAGCCAUCUCUUGCCUUCAGCAACUUCAUAUGUUUGCUCCUCGUCAUGUAAACUUGUCUAGCCUCGUGCGGUGCCUGUGUGUAAGUACAUAUUUACAUGUUAAGCUUUGCCUCUUUUUGUAACUUUGGAAACAGAGCAUUGGAACCGCAGCUUUAAAAAUUGUUAAUGUGCCAUACUUUUUUAGUCAUUAAAGUCCACUUUUUCAGACGCAUAAACUGAAACAUGCACUACUUCCAUGAGGCAGGUUAAUUUCUUUGAAUACCUGCCUUUUCGGGGUGGGAACUGAAAAUGAACAAAUUGUUCUGAGGAAACAAUUUAUAAAUUUUUGUUGGAAGUAUGGUGAGUCUUUGGUUACUAGCAGAGCGUCCUGGGAUAUUGCAAAGUUCUCUCACUGGCUUCUGAAAAUUGUCGGUGUGGUGUCUGGUUUGUGUUUAUCUUUUAGUGUAACCACUUACUGGUUCUGUCCUGUGUGGGCAGCAGAAGAAUAUUGCUAGCAGUUUAUGGCAUCUGUGUAUCACAUUACAAUAUGUGCUAGUAAAUGAUUCCUUGAUCGGUCUGUAAAAUAAUGUUGCCUGAGUUGGAAUGAGACAUAGGAAACAUACAAAGUUAGUGAAUGCUUUUGCCACGUCUUCAUUCUAAAAUACUGAAAUUUUUGAAUAGAAAUAUAUGGACUUAAUGUUGUCCAAGAGAAAAAACUCCCACAUAUUAUUUUAUAAUGAAUCUUUAGAGACACUUCAUUGGUGCUACCCCACUAGCCCAUUCUGCCUUCCUCAGCCCCCACAUGACUUACUUAAAACCAGUUCAUAGGGAGGCCCUGGUUGUCAGCUUCUUCCUCAUUAGUGUCUGUGUUCCCCUUGUAGAAGACAGCAGAGAGAAGGAUGGGGACAAAACUAGAAUUACUUGGGUUAUGAUUCCACCUACCUUUCAUCUCCCUGCCUUCCACUCUUCCAGUCCCAAUGAGCCCCAGUGUAGAGAUUUGGUGGGCAUAAUUUUAUAUCAGACUGUGUGAUGAUUAGGCUCUCUGUCUAGCUCUGGCAGCACAUGGGGUCCUAUGACUUCAGAGUACUAGUUGUGAAUCACUCCUGACAACUUUUGGCUGCAAUCCAAAGGCAGCCACUGCUCAUAGCAUCCAAGCUUCUCUAGAUUAAGACCUUAUAUGAACUAUCCCAUCUUGCUAUAGGUAUUGUGGUCUGCUUUUUCUUUUUAAAAAGCAGCAAGUACUUUGGUGUAAAUUUAAAAAUAUAAAUUGGUUUCAAAUGCAAUUUAACAUUAUCAGUUCAUUGUUUGUUUGUUUGUUUGUUUCAUAAGAUUUAUAAACUGCUUGUUUUUUUUGUUUUUUUUAAAAAACAACCCUCAAAUCAGGUUUACAAAAGAUAAAACAGUAAAAUCAUUAAAGCUGUUUUCAGCAGUUAGUAUUGGCAUUUGGCUUUUUCAUUUUAAGCACCUGGAGUAAUAUGUAAUGAAAGUUGAAAUGUGCAAGUGCUCAUCUUGUGGCAGUAAAUUUGUUUUCCAUUGCUGAAGGUUGGGAUCACUAUGGGUUCUGAUACCUAGGUUUUGUCAUGACUGGAUUAUCAUUUGUUUUUGUGCAGGAGAUCUUGUUGGAAAAUUCUGUGUUGGUAGGUCUCUGUGCACUGUUAAAAUUUCAGCAAUUUUCAGUGUUCUUCUUUUAAUUUUCUCAUUUUCUCUAUUUAACCAUUAAUGUCAAGAAAAACUUUUAGCAUGUUGAGUUAUGUUUUGUUCCGGUCUAACCAAAUUCUUUCUUAACAUUUUUAUAGCUGGCACACACACUUUGCUGUGUAUAUUUUAUUUUUGUGUCUAUUUUAUUUUUGCAUUAGUUUAACUUAAAACAUCUUAAACUAAAAAAAAAAUAAAGAGAGAGACCACCAUUUUAAGGGUGUGUGGGUGUGGUUUGUAUGUGUGGUUUGUAUGUACUGCUUGCAUUUUUUUCUGUCUUUGUUUUUGCCAUUUUCGGUCUCUUAAAAAUGAAAGAGAUCAGAAAUGGGCAUUGUUAUCUGUCUUGCAGUUAAGCUUGUGUGUUUUGGCUUUUUCAUAUAAAAAAAGGAACCGGCAUUUUUUUAAGCAUGCAUAAAUCUCAGUGUGAGCUCAGCUUGAAUCAAUGUUGCAUAAAGCAUUUGUAUACUUGAAAUCUUAACUUCAAACAUCUUAUUAUUUUUUGGUUUCUUAAAUAUGUGCUAGGCAUAUUUUUCUAUGCAUCAAAUUACCUUUAUAAGUUAGUGUGCAUGCAGCAACGUAAGAAAUUAUUAGAUGCAGACUCGGUUUGAUUAACUGUGAAUGCAUAGCACUUUUUGUGUCCAUUUUACCUCCUUUCGUUACUCCUAUCAUUCUGAUGAGUUCCCAUUGACAAAUGAGGUACAUGACCUCCCAACAAGGUUUCUUUGUAGCAUGCAUCCAGCUCUGCCCCAUUUUUCAGGCUUCUAAAUGGACACAAGAUAGCAAAUGAUAAAAAAACUUGUUAACUUCCUCUGUAAUUCCAUGCUCAUUUAGUUUGUCUCAUUGUAAUUUUAGAACCUCCAUUUAAACUUGAAUUCUAGUAGAUACUAUCAUUAUGGCCUAGACAUAAUUCAGCAAGUUUAAUAUGCUCGGGGAUUUAUUGAGAGUAGUUUUAAUGAGUCUGCAAAAUUUGUACAUUUUAAAUAUGUCUGCGUUUGUAAAUUAAGAUGAUGAAAUUCUCUAAACUAGUAUUGAAACAGCAAUAUUUUGGUGGCUAAUGUAAGAGAGCUGCAGGCUUUGCUAAGGGGGUAUUUGUAGUAUGCCAUAUCCAUUGGUAGAGAGCCUGUUGUUGUUGUUGUUAUGACGUCUAUACUUCCUUUCAAGGGACGCGGGUGGCGCUGUGGGUAAAACCUCAGUGCCUAGGACUUGCCGAUCGUAUGGGUGGCGGUUCGAAUCCCGCGGCGGGGUGAGCUCCCGUCUUUCGGUCCCAGCUCCUGCCCACCUAGCAGUUCGAAAGCACCCCCAAGUGCAAGUAGAUAAAUAGGUACCGCUUUAUAGCGGGAAGGUAAACGGCGUUUCCGUGUGCUGCGCUGGUGCUGGCUCGCCAGAGCAGCUUCGUCACGCUGGCCACGUGACCCGGAAGUGUCUGCGGACAGCACUGGCUCCCGGCCUCUUAGGUGAGAUGAGCGCACAACCCUAGAGUCGGACACGACUGGCCCGUACUGGCAGGGGUACCUUUACCUUUACUUCCUUUCAAAGGGAUGUGGGCGGCGCUGUGGUCUAAACCACAGAGCCUAGGGCUUGCCAAUCAGAAGGUUGGUGGUUCAAAUCUCCACGACGGGGUGAGCUCCCGUUGUUUGGUCCCAGCUUCUGCCCACCUAGCAGUUCGAAAGCACGUCAAAGUGCAAGUAGAUAAAUAGGUACUGCUCCGGCGGGAAGGUAAACGGCGUUUCCGUACGCUGCUCUGGUUCUCCAGAAGUGGCUUUGUCAUGCCGGCCAUAUGACCCGGAAGCUGUACACUGGCUCCCUUGGCCAAUAAAGCGAGAUGAGCGCUGCAACCCCAGAAUCAUCCACGACUGGACCCAAUGAUCCCAUUACCUUUACCUUAUACUUCCUUUCACCUGAAGAUCACAGAGCGGUUUACAAUAUAAAAACACAAAAAUAUGUAACAUAGUAACAAACAAAAGUAAUCCCGCCCCCCUAGUUUAAAAGGCCAUAGGUUGUUUAAUUAGCCAAAGGCCUGGGAGAAGCAGGCUGGUUUUGUCUGGCUCCUAAAUAUAUAUAAGAAAGCAACAGAUGAGCCUCCCUGGGGAGAGCAUUCCCUAAGCAGGGAGUCACAGCAGAAAAGGCUUGUUCUCCUGUUGCUGCCCUCCAGACCUCUAGUGUAUAAAGAAGGGCCUCAGAUGAUGAUCACAGGGUCCAGGUGGGUUCAUAUGGUGAGAAGCAUUGCAGUCCCGAGUCAUUUAAGGCUUUAUAGGUCAAAACCAGUGCUGUGAAUUGGGCUCAGAAACUAAUGGGCAGUCAAUGCAGUCAGGCCAGGAUUGGUGUUAUAUUAGUUCAGUAUCUUUGAUGUACUGUGUAUAUGUAAGAAAGACAUCAAUAUUUCACCAUUCAUAGCAUCCCUUAUUAUAUUAUCAUUCACAGAUAGGUAAUGUUGGGACAGACUUCUGUCUGAAACCCCAGAGAGCCAUUGUCAGUCAAUAUAGGAUAGUGCUUAACUAGAUGGGCCAGUGGCCUGAUUCAGUAAAAGACAACUUCCUAGCCAUAUUAUAACAUUUUAAAUGUUCUAUUUAAAAUGAUUAUAUGCCUGUGAUGUGAAUGGCAUUUCUUUGAAGGUGCAAAAUAAUAAAUGAUGCUUAUUAAUUGACUACAACCAAAAAUAGGUUUUAUUUUAUAAGGGUUUAGUUUAUUCAUAGCUAAAGUAGUUGAAAUCUUUCUGUUCAUUUGUUUUUAAACAAAUAUUUGUAUCCCACCUUUCUCCCAAGUGUGUUCAAGGUGAUUUACAACAGAGAAACUUAACAUGCAACAAUAGAUGGAACUGUUAACACCAGCCAGACACAGUCAAGAUAGUGGAGGUUGACUCAGAUAUUUUUACUACUGUCCUCUGGCUUUUUCUUCUCUAAUAUCUGAUUUCUAAUUUUGUUUCAGAAAUGUUAUUGCUUAAAGAACUUCAGGUUCCUGUCUUUCAGAUACCACCUAUAAAAGUGCAACCCAGAUUACAUCCUUUGUCUAUAUAUUUCAGGUGAAUCUCUCUAGUUCAUAUCUGUUGUUGAGGAGAGCAGUACUAGCUUGUUUGCAUCAGCUUGUACAAAGAGAGGCAGCUGAGGUAUCUGAACAUGCUGUGGCCCUUGCUAAAGACAGCAGAGAAGACUUUAGUCCAGGUAAUAUUGAGAUUCAACCUUGUACCAGUGGAUGCAACAGGACUUCUCUCUCCUCUGUUCUCCCAAACCCCCAGAGUAGAUUCUGGGGGAACGCAGGGGAUUGCAGGAGAUGAGGAAGGAGCAGGGAGUCCUGCUAGUAUAAGCAGGCCACCAUAGCUGGGUGUCACUCAUCAUGUUUUCCCCUCUUAAAUAUUUUUUUGGUUUUGUGUAACUUGUAUCUUGCCAUGCAAAACCCUGCAGAUAUUUGUGUAUUGCAAACUGACUGCUUGGAGGCACAAAAGGCACAUGUUUAUCUGUUCUGACCUAUGGUUCUUCAAACUGAAGGACUGGGAGUUUGACUGCUGCACCACAUCAGAAACUAUAUCCUCCUAUAAAACUGUCAUGCCAGAGAGAUGAAUCUGUCUCAGUCUUCUGUCUCGCAGGCUAGUUUUGUAUGUGCAAGGUGGGUGGGGUCUUUUUUGGGGGGGGAUUGCAUAAAAUCACUCACUUUGCAGUCUAAAGCAGUAGAAUGCAGAAACAGACACAUGUUGUUUCUUAUUUGCCUGUUUGGUCUCUGAUUUGCACACUUUGCUCAGAAAGGCAUGCCUGGCUUUCUGCUUUCUGGAUACACACAGUAAUCCUUACUAUGUCGUACUUGUCUUUUUGAUGCCUACUGAAGACCUUCCUUCUUUAAGCUGAGACUGUUCCCAGUAUUGGAAUUACUUUAAAGAUGUAUAAUCACUUGUUGCUUGCUGUGCUGGGUCACUUUGGAAAGAAGGGUGGAAUACAACUGAAAUAAAUAAGUAUUUUUAUUGACGUAAAUGGCUUGUAGGAGCUUAUUUCUGAACUUACAUUGUAACCUGGGAUGUAGCUUUCAUGAUCUGUUGAAACACCAGCUUCAUCCAUGGCUGGUUUUGUGCCAUAGAGGUAACCCAACAGAAGGAGGGGCAUGGAAGUGUACAGCCCUUCUUUUGGAGUCUGCUACCCAUCCUGACCUAGCUAGUUUGUGGUCUGCUGUCUGAAUGGACAGGGAUCAGCAUAACUCCUCCCCUUAAAUUGUGACUACCUCUGUCAGAAGUGGUCUAUUGCUGUGGCUCUAAAAAUGACACUUCCCCCAAGACAUUUUCUUACUAUAUGGAAUCAUGGGGGGAAAUCAGAGUCAUGGUAUGGAGGCAGGGAAUGUCUUGAAGUGUGUUUGGUUUUAGUUAUGCUUUGGGCAUUAAUGAUGCUAGAGAGAUGAGAUGAGCAGCAGCCUUUUGAUAUUAUUUCAGGGUUAAAUAUUUUGCCACAGUAUUGCACUUAAAAACUUUUGUCAGCUUUUACGUGCUGUGAUUCAUGCUUGUUUCUCGGCAGAUGAAUUCAGAUCACACUGUUGUUGCUUUUACAGGCAUUAACAUCAGAGAAGUAGGCCUUGAAGGUGCAUUACUGAGCUUAUUGGACAAGGAACUGGAUCCAAAACUAUGCCAAGAUAUCAGAGAGACCCUGAGCCAUAUGCUUAUAUCAAUGGGAGUGGAAAAACUCUCUUUCUGGCUUAAACUCUGCAAAGAUGUUCUAGCUGCCUCUGCUGGUAUGUGCUGAUGCCUUCUUCCUAGAAAAUAGAUUUUCUCAUUAGAUAAAUGAAUCAAUGAAUCAACUGACCAUACUAUCAACUGAUAUCUUAACCUAUUUUGCAAGUAAUUUCAUGUAAUAAGUGAGAAGAGUGACUCAUAAAAACUUCUAAGUCGGAAGACCACAGAGGAAAAGGAGGAGCCUCAUGCAGCGUGAUCAUUGGAGACCCUCCUCCAGUGACAUCAGAAGGGAGUCAGGUGGCCCCAGGGAAAUGGGCCUUCUCAGUGGUGGUACUUAAUUUUAUGUGAUUCUCUUCCUAGCAAAGCUUUGCUGGUGCCUACUUCUUGGCACAAAGAAAGACCUUUUUACUUUCCUAGACAUAGCUGCUGGUAGUUUCUAUUACAGUGGUACCUUGGAAGUCGAACGGAAUCCGUUCCGGAAGUCUGUUUGACUUCCAAAGCGUUCGGGAACCAAGGCUUCCUGCAGCCAAUCAGAAGCCACUGAAGCAGUGACAGACAUUUGGUUCCAAAGAACGUUCGCAAACUGGAACACUCACUUCUGGGUUUGUGGCGUUCAGGAGCCAAAACGUUCAACUCGCAAGGCGUUCGACUUCCAAGGUACGACUGUAGUUUUGUUACAUUGUUUAACAUAAAUAAGUUUCCUUUGCAUCACUCCCCACACCUCUUGCUCUAUUUCCUUGCUCAUUCCUCCUCCCUAUCUCUAUUCCUCCUGCUCCCCUUCUGCCCUGUUAUACACCCCAAGUCUUUGAUGGGUACUGCUGCAACAGUACUCUGAUCCAUUAAGUGUUUUGCACUUUACCUCCCUGUAUCUCAAUGCAGAUUUCAUCACAGUGGCUUCAGUGGACACUACCCAAGAAGAAGAGGGAGCUCAAGGGGAUGAUGAAUUUGCAUUAGCUUUGGAAUACAAUGAAAAGCUGCAGCCCUUCCCUCAUCCUCGAUGGUCUACUAGAGUAUUUGCUGCAGAGUGUGUGUGUAAAAUUAUCGGCCAGUGUGAGAAUGCAGGCAACGCUCACUUUGACAUAGCUCUGGCACAAGAAAUGAAGCAAAGAGAUUCAAGAGGUAUGUCCUCAUGUUUAUGCAGACAUCCAACUGCAAGUAAGUGGGUAUAGGAUUUCAGUCUAAAUUUAAUUUGACAAACUGUAGCUUAAUGGGAGCCAACAAAAUCUCUUUGCAGCUAUUGCAACAGACAUUCAUUGAGGUGCGUAUUCAGAUUAUUGUUAGUACGCUCACUUGUGAACGAGAGAAAAAUGAAUAGUCUUGAAGAACAAAGAGGUUUGUAGAUUUAUUAUGGCACAAACUUUUCAGAGACUAGAGUCAACUUAAUGCAGAUAGUAUUAUUAGAUACAUGUUGUAUUGUCCUCAGUUGGCAGCUGGAGAUAGAUGGGUGGGAGGAAAUGUAACAGUGGGGUCAAAUGGCUAUUUGAGUAAAAAACCAAACCACAGUAUGGCUUCCUGUCCUGCUACAUAUGCUAAGCUGGCAUCUAGCGGUAGCCAUUCCUCAGACUAUAGGGGAGAGAGAUGGUUCUACAGAUCCUUUCUGCCAGCUCUGCUGAAAGGCCAGACAUUUUGCUCAUCCUCUCCUUGAACUGUUUCCAUUCCAGCUGGGCAAUUUCAGUAACUCUGUAACUAUGAACUAAUGCCCGAGAUUGCCUUUUCCCCUCCUCCCUCCCAAUGUUUCCUCCUUUUUCUGUAAUGUCUCUUAGAUGUUAAUCCUCAAGGUAGGGGAUGUUUUUAUAACUUGUGGCUUUAGACUACUCUGGAGCCUUUUUUGACUGGAGAGUAAAUCUGGGAUUUUGUCAUCCAAUGCUGCUAUUGUGUUAUUUUGCAGACAUUUGAACUUUAAUUGAAUUAACAUGGACUUUUUAUAUUUUAAGACCAUUUUGGCCUGCUUUUUCCAUAUAGAAACAUCAACUUGAGGGUAAUGGUUUACGCUUCUGAUGAAAUGAAAUCUGGUCCAUAAAGUUAAUGCCAUAAUAAAUCUGUUACAUCUUUUAGAUGUCUCAAAGAUGUAAAUCUGUUACAUUUAGAUGUUUUUUUCUGCUACAGACUAACACAGCUUUAUCCCUGGAAGUUAAUAUUACUGAAGCAAACUUUUCCAGAUGUUGCACCUAAAAUGUUGACUCUACGCAGAAUGUUGACAAUCUGCAGUUGUUAUUGGUGGUUUCCUGGUUCAGCAGGAAAUGAUGCCUAGUUAUGUAUAGGUGUACAAUUCAGAGGAUGGGAAAGAAGAGGGGGUGGGAGAUAGGCAUCAAUGCUUUAAGUGUCCACACUAAAAUACAUUUUUCGUAUUAACAAAAUGAUGUUUUCCUUCCCCACACCGCCAGAUGAUUUCCUAGUACUGCACUUAGCUGACUUGAUCCGCAUGGCUUUUAUGGCUGCCACGGAUCACAGUGACCAGCUUCGUCUUUCUGGCCUUCAGAUGUUGUUAAUUCUUGUUCGGAAGUUUGCUACUGUGCCGGAGCCAGAGUUCCCAGGUCAUGUGAUUCUGGAACAAUAUCAAGCAAAUGUAAGUAGGCUUUUGGUUCUAGAGGCAUUUGAAAAAUAAAAUGCAUAUUAAGAGUUAACCCUACAUCGCACUUGAAAACUUGUGUUAUAAAGGAAUAUAUUAUUGGCGUCUUACUACACAGGCUGAAUAGAAUUGAUAACAAUAGCCAUCACUGUAGUGAAUCAAGAGCUGAUUUUGUAAAUGUGUGGUGGAACUGGCCUAAAAUAAACGAAUUGUUGGAAAAUAUUUUAUAACAUAUGUUACUUUAAAUUAGCUUACCAAAUUACCAGUAUAAAGAGUAGCAGAAACCAGAAAGCCUCUGUGGCAACUGAAAUGUAUAACUUGGUCCCAAAAUGUUCAUCAAGUUGGCAAGCGAUUAGGAAUAAUUCUGCAUGUUGCACCUUUUGCCUUUUAAGAGAAUCAUACUCAGAUUUGUAAGAAUAUGUUAACUGGGCCAGUUUCUUCAAAAUAUUCAAAUAUUUUUUAGCAUGUUAUCAAAUUAUUUUAUUUUAGGUUGGUGCAGCACUUAGACCAGCUUUUACUUCUGAAACACCACCUGAUGUAACAGCAAAAGCAUGCCAGGCAAGUUUUUUAAAACUAUAUAUAUAUAGAAUUCAAAUUUCAUCAACUCUUGACCAAUCACAGGUAAAACUUGAUAAAGAUUAUAUCUUUAUCUUGUCUCUUAAAAAUUAGUAUUCGAGACUGCUUCACCUCGGAACAUUAAAUAUGAUUGCAUAAUGGGUUUGCCAGAGCAGAGAGAAAGCUAAUAACCUAAGUAAGUAAGUAAAUAAGAGAGCACAAACCCAGGCAUAGUGUUUUGUAGCAUUACAAAAAUAACUAUAUUGUUUGCUGUUCUAUCAUACUAGGUUUGCAGUGCCUGGAUAGCAAGUGGUGUAGUAAGUGACCCUAGUGACCUUCAGAGGGUUCAUCAAUUGCUUGUGACAUCCUUGACCAAAAUACAGGUGGGACAAGAAGCCCAAAGUCAACUGUACAAUGAAGGCACAUCAGUUAUGGAGAUCCUAGCUGUGUUGAAAGCUUGGGCAGAGGUACUUUUUAAUAUACAUAUUUAUGGUGGCACUAGCACUUUGCAAUUAUAACUUGUGGAUCAGACAUUUGAAUAUCUACAGGGGUCAACUUCUAGUUUUGAGUUGUGGUGUUUGGAAAAAAACACCUGGAUUUUACCCUGAUGUUCAAGGAAUUGGAGAACAUUCCUAUUUGCUUAUACUGAGUCCGACCAUUGGUCCAUUCAGUUGUCAGGGCUGGAGUCAGAUGCAAGUCAGCACGAAGAAGCAGAGUCAGUUGCCAGUGAAGUUAACUGUUUAUUCAAGGAAAGGGCAUACAACUCAGCAACACUUCCCAGUAGGUCUUGCCCCUAUAUUCAAUGGCCUAUCAAUGAGAUUGUCCUUUCAUGUUGUUGUUUCAACAGGUCUAUAUAGUUGCAGUACAAAGGCAGAAAAAGCAAAGCGACGUCAACAGACCACCCUUGGUAAUAAACAUCACAGAGGAGAGCUGCAGGGAUCAAAUAUCUCCAGUGGAUGAACUUCUGGAGCUAGUCCAAGCAGAUCUGGGCAAUCUGAGCAAACUCUGGCUUGCUGCACUCCAAGAUUAUACUCUCUUAACUUUGCCGUCAGAAUUUGCCUCUCAACUUCCUGCUGAAGGUAGGCAGGCAAAUAGAACAAUACAAUUUCAUUUCAUUCAUUAAUCUAUUAUAUUUCUGUGCUGCUUUUCACUCACACGAGUCACAAAGCGCCUUACAAAGAAUAACAAUAAUAGAACAUCACAAUUACAACAUAAAUCGUAUAAAAUAAGUAACAAAUCGUCAGCAAAACAAUUACAAAUCAACAGUAAAACAACCACCUUCUGUAAAAUACUGUUAACAAAACAACUAAAAAUUAAGCUAAACAUCACAAGUCAUAAGAUUCACAAGGCAUUGUUGCACUCAUAAUCCACAAAAUAAGAUUAACAAGAUUAACAAACAACCAAAAACAAACUAAGCACUGUUGAAUUCACACACACAUACCCUUCCCCACCCCCAUGACUCAGUUCAUCAAAAUACGUACACAUAAAAUACAUUCUGCAAAUACAUAUUAACUUUGAUGCCACAUAAUUUGGGCCUGAUUCCAUAAAUUAGAAUGUAGCCAGUAACAUGUUGUCAGCAAAAAAUUUAAAUGAAAUUUUCAAAAUGUAGAUGCAUAAGUGAUAAGAUGCCUGUAAGAUUGCAGAAUUUAAAAAGAAGUUUACUGAAGUCAUCUUUGAUGAUUUGUGAAUAUUACUUUUAAAGAAUAACUAGCCAAACCUUCCUCAUUGUUUAACCAUAAAAAGUGUAAUUAAAGUAGUAAAUACAAAGCUACCUUGAGCUGUUUGGAAUAUGCUAAACAUCUGUUGCUUUUAAUUGUAGGUGGUGCUUUCUAUACUGCAGAGACAAUUGAAAAUUCAAGACCACACUAUCAAAACUCCUGGGCACUGAUUCUCCAUGCAACAGCAUUGUGGCUUACCAGCACAGGUUUUCUUGUAGGUGACUCAGAUGAAGGUCUAACUAACCUUUCUCGACCUGUCACCCCAACUACAAUGUGUCAAGAUUCAACAUCUAGAGCUGCUGUAAAAUCACCUGAAGACGUGAACACUGAUAGAUUUCAUCUGGUUUUGGGUUAGUAAAUGCAUGAACUUUUCCUGGUGUUAUUUUCUCAUGUAAUUUUUCUGAUGUUGUUGGAAAUCAGUAUGAGAUGUUAGGCACAUGUCGAAGUGGUUAAUAUGCUACUGUUGAUAAAAUUCUGCAUUGUAUGGGAUUACUACAGAAUUUCACCAUUAUUUCAUUGAAUCAAGCCAGUGGUCCAUCUAAUUGAGCUAAUUGUCCCAUCUAACUGAGAACUGUUAACCCAGAAUGUCAGAGGAUUUGAAACUCAGUUCUCCCAGUCUCUGGGAAUUGGAAUUUUAUUUACUUAUAUCUUAUUUGUUAAAAGAUUUCUAAUCUGCCCUUCAUGUUGAAUGAUCUCAGGGUGUAUAACAAUUUAAAACAAAACAAAACUGAAACAUACAGUUGGAAGAGUACUAAUAUAUACUCGUCCCAGCACAGGCCCAAUAAAAAUUAUUUCAAAUGCCUGGUGCAAAAAUCUGGCACCAAAAGAUGGAUAAGAAGAGCACAAGUCAAAUUUCAGGGGCAGAUAGUUCCAAACUAGUCAAUUGACUGAUGUGUUAUUGGAAAUUCAACUCUGAUUCUGUUCACAGCAUAAUUUCUCCCCUCUCUUCUUAGGAAUUAGUGUGGAAUUUCUAUGUUCUCCUCGGUCAGACGCAGGAAUGGAAAAUAUUACUUCUUGUCUACAUGCCUUACGGGUGCUGCUUGAUGUUCCUUGGCCAAGGUCUAAGAUUGGUGGUGAUCAGGUAACAAUCUAUUGGAAAUCCUAAGUAUGAAUUAUGAAUUGUUCUGUGUUAACAAUAAUUGCUUCUACCUGAUGUCUCCAAGAAAUUGCUUCCUUCGUUUUUUCUCAUCGUGAUUUCUCAUGACAUAAUGUGAAGAACGCUUGAAAUAGCCUCUGUGAUACAUUUCACCAUGUGUGUUGCUGCAUUGUGUGUUCCACACUUUUCCUGUUUCCCUUUAUACAGGAGCUGAGUGUUGAGCUGCUGAAUGUUUUACAUCGGCUUAUAGUGACAAGAGAGUCCCCUGACAUUCAACUUGCUGCUCUAGAAGUUGUUCGACAGAUUCUUUUUGCAGCUCAGGAACAUGUCAAGGAAAAACGGAGAAGUGCAGAAGGUAUUGUUCUUGCUGGCAUUUAACUUAAUAUGCUGGCUUUCCACGCACAAGGUGGCUUACAUAAAAUCGAUCAAGGACAGUACAUAAAAACACACAGGUUUCAUGCUUCUCUCUUCUCUGGCUCAAAUUUCUCCUGCCACCCUUAAGCAGGGCCCUUCUUAUUAUGUGUUAGAAUUGAAUAAAUAUCUUAUGACCAUGGUGGGUAAAAAUAAAUAAAUUGCUGCGGUUCUUUUCACCGGUAGCAUAAUGCUAAUAGUAGAUUUUUAACCUGUAUUUCUAAUUUAUUUCCAUAUUUGUCCUGCAUUAGAUUCUUUCUGAACAUGGGAGCUGCGCCCAUAUAGGAUUAUUUUAGUUAGUGAUGGUAAUUUAAGCCAUCCCUCCUUUUAAUAAUGAACAUAGCUGUUAAGCGUAGUAUGCGUCAGAAUUAAUAUACAGUGGUACCUCAGGUUACAAACACCUGGGGUUACAAACACUUCAGGUUACAGACUGCGCUAACCUGGAAGUAGUACCUCGGGUUAAGAGGUACACCUGGUGGUGCGGUGGCAGUGGGAGGCCCCAUUAGCUAAAGUGGUACCUCAGGUUAAGAAUGGUUUCAGGUUAAGAACAGACCUCCGGAACGAAUUAAGUUCGUAACCAGAGGUACCACUGUAGCUUGUUUUAACAGUUGGCAUUCAUACCCUACAAGUGAAACAACUUAACUGUUGUUUCUUUCUUCCCCAAGAACCUCACCAAUUUUAAUUGUGAAAGGGAGUUAAGAAAAUCAAACAUUCUCACCAUCCUCACAAAAUUACAGUUUCUAGUGUUGGAGACAAACAAAGCAAAGUAAGUUCAUACAGUGCAGCUAGAUGAUGGAAUUUGUUACCCCUUAGAUGGCUUUAAAAGGGGAUUAAACAAAUUCAUGGUGGAUAAAAUUACCAGCAACAACUAGUCAUGAUGACUAGGUACUGUCUCCGGGUUUAGAAGCAGCAAACACCUCUAAGUAGCAGUUUUCUAAGUAGAGAUUGCCAUUGUGGGGCAAAGAGAUUGCUGGAUAAAACAGGCCUUUGGUGUGCUUACACAAGUGUUCUUCUUAUGUAUCGAAUCCUCAUGCUAUGGCACAGCAGUAAAACUGGGAAUAAAACUACUCUGUGAAUUUGUAGUACAGCUAUAGGAGGAGUGAAGCUAAAUUGGGAGUUGUGAUGCAUGUUAACAUAGAGUUCUGUUUUGCAAACUAUGUGUCUCCACAGCAGGAAAAAUCCAAGUGCACACAGCUGAAGCAAUUGUAGAUUCUUUCCCUGUUGACCUCUGCUUCCAUUUUCCUCCCUCUUUUGCUUCCUUUGUGUCUGUUAUUAGACAGUAAGAGCCUUGAGGUAGGGACCUGCCAGACCUGUUCUUUGUAAAGCAUCAUCUACAUAUAUGGCAUUAUUUUCAUAAUUAAUAUAUGUGGCAUUGCCUUUUAAAUGCUUUAGAAAAGAACUCUGUGGCAUGGUUUCUGCUGGGAGAACCUUCCUUUGUAAAAGCACAGGAGGUUUCUAUCCCUCACGGGUGCAAGUGACUGUCCUGUUCUAUUUAUUUGCCUACUUUCUGAAGAACUCCAGGUAUCUUAGAAUUCACAGUAUCAAAAUAAUGUGUCAGAUAAAAGCAACCCUCCAAGUUAAACCCAAUUUAUAACACAAGCACACAACAUUUACAUCUGUUUCAUGGCUUGGACAACCCAGCCAGAUGGGCCGGGUAUAAAUAAUAAAAUUAUUAUUAUUACUUAUAUGGGACCGACAUUGAUAAAAGUGUCCAGUUUCCUCUGGAGUUGCAUGCGAGGUAUAUAUUCUCAAUGCUAUUAGUUCUGACAGGACUCAUUACUGGUCUAUAGGAGCAAAACGUGUGCUUGAGGUUUUAUUAUUGGUGUUUUAAUUGUAUUUUGAUGGUGAUUGUUUAAUAAUGUUUUGUUGUAUGGAAACCACUCAUGAUGGGAAAGCAGUGUACAAAAAUAUUUACAUAAAUAAAGAAGCCGCAGGUGCUGGGGCUAAAUAAAAAUGCCUUCAGCAGGUGCCAAAAGGAAUACGAUGCAGGUGCCUGCCUGCUAUCAAUAGGCAGGGAGUUCCAUAGUCCUGGUGCGGCCACACUAAAAGAUCAAGAUCUUUCAGAUGUGGUGCAGGUAUUAUGUGCCACAUGUAAAAGGGCCAGUUCUCCCGAUUGAAGCAGUUGCAUGGGCGCAUAUGGAGUAAGACGAUCUUGUAGGUAAACUGCUCUCCAAGUUGUUAAGAGCUUUAUAUACUAACACAUUGAACUCAGCCUAGUAAGCAGAUCAAGUGGAGACCUCUCAGCCCAGGUGCUUAUAUGCUGACAAGGCCUCACUCCUAUCUAUCGCUGUCCUUCCAUUUUAGUUGAUGAUGGAGCUGAAGAGAAGGAAACCUUGCCGGAGUUUGGAGAAGGCAAAGACACAGGAGGACUGAUACCUGGAAAGUCCUUAGUCUUUGCAACCCUGGAGAUGUGUGUGUGCAUUCUCGUAAGGCAGUUGCCUCAGCUGAACCCUAAGAUAACGGGCAGCCCUGGAAUUACAUCUGGAAAACCUCAGUUGUUAUCGGAGAAUGGAAGCAGACUAGUUUCGGUGGCAUUAGGAAUCCUCUCUGAUGUUCCUGCAGUCUGCUCACCAGAAGGUAGGAUGCUCCCAAGAUGUUUCAUUUGCGAGGAAGAAAGAGGCAGUGUAGGGAGCGAUCCUCCCAUUCUAGGAAUGCAAGCUCAAUGUUUAGCCUUUUUUAAUGUGCACCAGAAGCUAUUUCUUCUUAACCAUGAUAUUUUCAUCGCCCCUUUGUCAUAUCCUACAGGAAGCAUUGCCGUUCUUCCUACUAUCUUGUAUCUGAUUAUUGGAGUCCUCAGAGAAACUGCUGUGAAAUUACCCACAGGCCAGUUGCCUUUGACUGUUGCUUCAUCAUUACAAGCUCUUAAAGGAGUGCUGUCUUCUCCCAUGGCCCGGGCAGAGAAAAGCCGGACUGCUUGGAACGAAUUGCUCCGCAGUGCUUUGGUCACUGUUCUUAACUUUUGGGAUCAAGGUACUUAUUGGCAAAACCUAUUGGUGUUUCGCAACUUUCUGACUAGUUGCAGGACCUUAGCCAGACCUAGCAGAGUAAACGCAGAAUCCACGGAAGCAAUUGGCGACUUGGCUGCAGACAGGAUAGACGAACCAGGAACCAGGAACUUGUAGUUAGGUGUUUAUUAUAUACAGUGGACUAUUUACAGAAACAGAACACGGAUCUUUUGCUAGCUCUCUCUGACAUGACUCACAACUCCUACACUGACACACAGAACUCUGAACCUCUGAACACUGAACUAACACAUUCCAGUUAGUAGGCAAUUAAUUAUCACUCCCUUGAGAGAGCUUGACCAAUCAGGGAGCUGUCGCCAUGUCUCUGUUAUCACCAGGCAGACUAACUCCUUCAGAUUGCCUUCUGGCGGUCUGCCAAACCUUAAUUGACUCUGUAUGAGUAGCUGCACGUACAGUUUCCCAACAGUACUAAGGCUGAGGAAGGUGUUUGGUCUAUAACUCAAGACAGUAUAAGAGUGGGGGAUGAGGUCUGCCAACAAUUAAAUAUCAUAAACACCACACCAAUGAGUGAUUCCUAAUAAGUAGUAUGCAACAUUCUGUCUAGUACUAGAACUGUAUAGGUACAAAAAACGAAGUCUGGCAUCUGAACAAGUUUCUGGUAACUGGUAUGUGACAGUUGGGUUGCUGAAGAAGGUAGGGAAUUGGCUUCUUCUCCCCUUAUGGUGAUCUGCUGCUUCUUAGACCUUGCCGCCUCCUCUACCCAGAGUCCCUACUUUGCUCUCUCAAUCCCACUGCACUUUGGGCAACUUGGCUUACACACAUUUCUUCCCCUUGUCAGACCCUUCUUCCAUACCUGUCUUUGCUUUCUCUACCGUUUUGAUGUUGUACAUCUUUUUAGAGCCGAGCACCUUCUGUUCCUGCCUUCUACUCACUUUUCUUCUCUUUUUUUCAAAAGCCUUUGGAUGCCACUCGUUGUUCACACCUUUCCUUCUUUUUCUCCCAAUGGACUUCCCUGGAAGAAUGACUUAAUCAGAGUUGAGGCUUCCCAGAGCACACCUGAGUAAGGCUCAGCUCUGGAAAGAUACAUGGUAGUAGUAGCAGUAGUAAUGUAUAUGAAGUUGUCAUGUUAAGACAGAUGACCUGUCCGGCCCAUUAUCCAGCCUAUUUGGGCUGGCCAACAACUUUCCAUGAUCUUAGGCAGAGGUUUCAUCGAUGGCAUAUCCUUAACUGUAGAUGACUAUAAAGUUCUGAAAAGUUAUCCGCCCUUGCUCUAUAUUGUAGCUUUUUAAUAAAAAGCAAAUGCAUACAAUUCACUGGGGAAAAAAUCUGACCGAAGAGGAGGGCUCAAACAUUCUUCAGCAAUAGUUCAUGCUGAGUAAAAGUUCUUAAGAGUAUCUAAUGUACAUUCUUAAAAAUAUGUGUUUAUCUGCCAACUGUGUUUAACUCAAAAAUCUGUUGAUUUGUGAUACAAUUGAUCUUAGUGUCUUGAUUUGUGCAUUUUGAUUGAUGAAAUGCUCCAGUUUCAGAACACAAAUUUAAGAUUGUUUUUAAUUGGUAGAUGGUGCUCAUCAAGAAUUGGAUGAAGGUAGUCUGCUGACUGCAGUCACAAUAUUCAUUUUGUCUACAAGUCCAGAAGUUGCUACCAUGGAGUGCCUUCAGAAGUGUUGCAUUGAAAAGUUUCAGUCAGCAAUGGAAUCUAAAGAUCCUAUUGUAAGUCCUGCAUAUUGAUUUUAUUGUUUAGAGCUCUACAAUUGCUAUGUUUUUAUGUUCAGCCUUGAAUGAUUUAUUUAGAAUGCUUCUAUCUCACUAUAUAGCCUAGGAGGCCCUCAAAGCAGCUUGAUUCCCAAAAUAAAAGUUCACAUUCAGGUUUGGUAUCAGGAACAGUAAUAACAUGGCAACACUAUGGAGCCUGAAUUAUUCUGGUGAAAUUUCCUGCCCUCAUCCUUAGUCUUCCCUGGUGUCCACAUUCAGCCUCAGCCUACUAGGCAGCAGAGCCCACUGAUUAUCACUGAGGCAACAGUAGGGCCAAACAGUAGGAAAUCUCUCAGCCCAUGAUGAAGGCAAAUCUUUGUCUUGCAGCUGCCUCCACCAUCCGAAGAAAGGGAAUAGCCACAGUGGAAAGGGUCUUUUCACCUGUCAUGCAUAUAUAGUAUAUAAUACAUCUUGUGGAAAAGCUAAAAAGUAUGCUUCCUUCUGUUUGAUACUGGAUUGUUGUUUUUUGUAUGGAUCUCAGCACUUUUAUUUUGAUUUGGGCAACAUGGAGUCCCUAACACAACCCCAGAGUUGGCCACGACUGGACCUAAUGGUCAGGGGUACCUUUACCUUUUAAGUUCAGGGACGCGGGUGGCGCUGUGGGUUAAACCACAGAGCCUAGGAUUUGCCAAUCAGAAGGUUGGCGGUUUGAAUCCCCGCGACAGGGUUAGCUCCCAUUGCUCGGUCCUUGCUCCUGACAACCUAGCAGUUCGAAAGCACAUCAAAGUGCAAGUAGAUAAAUAGGUACCGCUCUGGCGGGAAGGUAAACGGCAUUUCCGUGCGCUGCUCUGGUUCGCCAGAAGCGGCUUAGUCAUGCUGGCCACAUGACCCGGAAGUUGUACGCCGGCUCCCUCGGCCAGUAUAGCGAGAUGAGCACCGCAACCCCAGAGUCGGUCACCACUGGACCUAAUGGUCCAGGGGUCCCUUUACCUUUACCUUUUAAGUUCAGGAUCACUGCACAUAGAACAGCUUACAGCUACCAGAAAGAGGGAAAGAGUGUACUCAUAUAUGCUGGUAUCUGGCAACACACCUGCAUUAAUACACCUAAUUUACUCUGUCUGGUCUUUUCCUGCCGUAUCUGAAAGCAGAUCUUGCUACUGACAUUGGUGCAGUCUUCUGCUUCUGAUAAAUGUACUGAUGCACAGGGCAUCCCCCCAAAUGCAGUUCAACAGUGCUCUCUAAUACUACAUUUUUGUGUUUUAACUUGGAAUUUUCCUUUUUCUUUUUAGGUGCAACUUAAAUGCUACCAGCUUCUCCUUACCAUUUUCCAGUAUCCAAAUCGAACUAUCUCAUAUCCUUACAUUCAUUCAUUGGCAUCAUCAAUUGUUUGCAAACUGCAGGAAACGGAGAAAGUCAAGCCUGAGAAUUCUGCUGAACUUCAGGUUAUUCAGGAAGGGAUAAAAGUUGUGGCUGCUGUUAUAGCUCUCGCUGAGGAGGAACAUCGUAAGUGUCUUUUGUAGGGCAAAAUAGACUGACAUCUGGAAUCAGUUGCUAAUUAAAAUAUGUCUCUAUUAAUGCAAUUUCAGUUGUGACAACAUGUUGAGGACUCAUGACAGUGCUAAUCUGUUAACAUUUCAUCACUUGGAAACUACUUCUAAAAGUAUUCUUUAAAUUAUUACUUAAUCUAGCAAAUGCAUGCAGUGUUGGAAAAACCUUCUGAACACAUUAACCCUUCUAGAGGCUGUGCUAUGUAGAGAAUGUGCACCUUAAGCAGAUGCUGCCAAACUGGUGAUUUGCUGUGUCAUAUCGGCUAGUCUGUCUUACAGUACACUCAUUGCUUUGAUCUACCCUGUCCCCACUUGGAUGAUCAGAAACAUUUUCAUCCUUCUCCUCAUAGUUUCAUUCCAAAAUGGAUGUUCUCCAGCUAUCUGUUUCCCCCAGUUUAAAAGCUGCUGAGUCACUUUUUUUGAUGUCAAGAGCAAGGAGUGGUGUGGCUCCAUUUCUGUUCAUGUGAGACCCUUCCCUUUUAUAUAGACCCAGCUUGCCCCCAAAACAUGACCCAGAGUCUAACAAAUCCAAAUUCCUCCUCCUGACACCACCAUCUUGUUCAUUUGGUGAAACCCCUCAGCUUUGACUGUCUGGUUUGCCCUGUGCCUGGAAUGGGUAGCACUUUGGAGAAAGCUAUCUUGGACAUUCUGGAUUACAGCUUCCUAUCUAGCAAGCUGAAUGUCACAUCUAGAUCUGUGGUAGUUGGGGGCUCAUUUUAACAGAAAGAGUUUAUUGUCAGCCACAUUGUGUUACUCUUCCCUAGGCAAUUUUAAAUUUGUGACAAUUAUAUUAGGUUUUAAGGAGAAAGGACGUGGUAGAAGAGCAGUCAAUCACUAAAUACUCUCUAUGAUCCCACUCAAUUGCUUCAGUCUGUGGAAAUGGGACAGUUACAAGUGGUGCAUCUUAUUUGUUCUGCCCUUGUAAUAAACUGGUCUUUUAGCAUGGCAGCCUUGGAACUCCCUGUUGAUUGAUCUCAGGUAGUUGCCUUCGCUGUACAGUACUCUUUUUGGUUCCUGCUUAAAAUGUUUUUGUUUAUCUUGGACAUUCUGGAUUCCAGCUUCCUAUCUAGCAACCUGCAUGUCACAUCUAGGACUGUAAAACGACUGACAGUAUGUUCCAUGACUGCUGAACUCCCUGCCAAUAUUGUUUAGUAGAGAGAAAAGCACACAUUCAUUAAGCCUAAUUAAAAGUGUGUUUUUUAAACUCUGUGUUGCCGCUGUUAAUGUAUCAGCUAAUUAACAAUGGCCCUCCCUUUGCAGAGGAAAACAAUUAGGAAUAGAUGGGGCUAACUUAGAAUUAUCAAUUUUUGCUGUUUUGUUUUUAACCAGCUCAGUUCCAUUAAAAGUCUGUGACAUGAUUAUUCUCUAUAUUUUAUUUAUUAUUUGCAACUUAAGGGCUACAAAUGUCGCAGUUAAAACAAGUACAGUUAUGAAAAUGAAAAAGCACAAAACUAACCAAUAACAAAGCAAACCAAAUGGUGGCACAGUACAAUGCAAGAGGAGAUAAACCGCCCAGUCAGCGAAAUGUCAGUGUAAAUCACAUAUGCUAGGUUUAGUAGCCUGUAGACUAUAGCCAAAGUCAAAGAUACAUUUUAUUGUAUCACUUGGGUUUUAAAAUGCCAUUAAUAACUUUGCAUUUAUCUUUUUCCGUAGUUGGCCAUCUCUUUGUAUAUAAAUACUCUUUGGAGGAAUUCUCUGCUUGAUUCCAGAUAUUUGGCCUCAGAGUGCCAAAAAGGUGGGGAGGUCAGGUGGCAAGCAGCUGGAAGGGUACUUGCUACAUGCAGGGAGAAGUAAAGGUUCUUCUGUCACAGUAAAGCUACUUGUUAGCCCCUUCUGAGGGCUUAAAUUCAAAACCCACCCCUGCUCCCACAUUGAGACUGGCCCCAGGAAGGGCACUCAGAGGGGAAAAAGCCCUGAAUAACUAGUUGCAACAAUGAUUUUAACAGUGCAAUCCACUGCAUGGUUAUUUAGAAGUAAAUCCUGCUGGGUUUAGUGGGGUUUGCUUUUAUGUUUUGAACUGCAGCCUAAAUGACGUUUAUUGGUAUUAAUCAUUUGUUUUUAAUUUUUCACAGGAACUCAGCUAGUGGCUUGCUUUCUCCCUAUCCUUAUUUCUUUUCUUUUGGACGAGAACGCCCUAGGAUCAGCUACGAGUUCAGCAAGGAGUCUUCAUGAGUUUGCUUUACAGUACCUGAUGCAGAUUGGUCCACAAUAUUCCUUGGUCUUUAAAAAACUAAUGGCUUCUUCUCCGCCAAUGAAGGCGAGGCUUGAAUCGGCCGUGAAGGGCAAUCAGGAAAGCAUCAAGGACAAGGCAGCACCUAGGCAUUCCAAGAACCCUGGGAAAAGUAUUCAGCUAAAGACCAACUUUCUGUGA